GCAAAACAUGCCACAGCGGUAGUCUAACCAUGAAGGGAGUAAGUAGUGUAAGACAGACACGAGAGUGAUAAUGAUAGGGUACCACUUUACCAUGAAAUUUCUAGGCAUUACCAUGUGUCAAAGAUGGCUCAAAGCAAUGCAAAUGUUUUGACUUAUACAUUAGAAACUGAACAUAAAGAAGGCACCAUGGCUCUCGGACGAUACAUGGGAGUCGCAGAAAGUAGGUUGCAGAUGUGCCACCUGAGGUCUAGCCGAUGCUAAAUUCUGGAAUGCCUCUGAGAGAAGUGCUGAGGUUGUGGGAGGCAGCAGUGAAAUGGGUACGGUGCAGGGGAGCCCGCUAGACUCAGGCUGGUGCAUAGACCAACAUCUCUGUGCCACAGACCUGGUGGCUCGUGUAGUCAGUCCUUCCCAGUGAGGGAGAAACAGAGGAGGCCUUGAUGUUGUAACUCCGUUAAUUGCGGUCGGUCUCCCAUCCAUGUGUGAUGCUAUGGGCACUUAUCCCUGUUGGCCUUCGGCCUUGGUGGGGUAUGGAGACUUGUGCUCCGAGAAAGGAAAGGCCUAAGGUAUGCCCACUAACUGCCACACAGCAUUUCACCGAUCUCCCUCCUGACACUGAGAGGAUGCAUCUAUUCUACAUGCUUCCAGGGAGGCCUAGAAUCAGUUGAAUAUGUCGUCCAGCCGCUGCAGAGAUUGCUGAACAAAAUUUAUCCUCUAACUGGAAAGGCUCCAUACUAGGGCGUAGAGGUGCAGGCGCCAUCUUCUUAGAGUCAUUCUGAAUCAGGAGUAGGUAAGUUGUGGUCCAAGCUUGCUUAUCAGAGGUGGUAAAGAAUCUCAUUCAUGUGCAGGGGAUGACAUUGAGGACCGUGAUAAACCCCCAACAGUCUGGGGAGAGAACAGGGUUUCCAUGUAUAUUGAAGGGUAGAGCGCCACACGGUGCAGACAGUCUGCCACCUCACCCAACUGACUUGCAUGCAAAGCCUCACCGGGAUCUCUGGGGAUUGCAGAAGAUUCAAGCGGAGAUACUGCUCCAAAGAACCCCGGUUGACUUCAAGAUUGGGUAAGUCACGGAAUAUCAGCGUUUGAGCGUACCGACAGCCUAUUAAUCGGUUUACUAUCGAGAGUAAAAUAUGUCCAGCCACCAUGCCGCUCAGGUCCUGCCCCCCACUUUUUUACAUCUUUCCUUUUUCUUUGAACUGGCCCUGUAUUUAAAAUGCCAGGAGACCAUUGCUCUAGCUUAGAUCUUUCUAGAACUUCUAAAACAUCCAUAGACCUCUAUAGGGGUUGUUCACUAAAAAGUUAAUGGAGAACCAAGUUGUAAAAUUUAGGUCAAAAUGUAUGUUUGGGGUAGAAUUUUCACAAAGCUUUAAUAAUAUUAUUAUUAUUACUAUUAUUAUUAUUAACUAAUUGUUUGGUACACUGACCCCUGUGUGUCAUCAAUGGAGGCAAUUUGUGAAACCGAUAGGAGGUACUUCCUUUUUUCUACCUGUGUAAAUUUCUGUACUUGAAUGUGGAGCUCUAUCUGUGAAACACAUGCUAUUGAGCUCAGCAGAGUUAUGUGUUUUAUAAAAUGAGGUCAUGUAUCCCAUGAGUCACAUACCGAUCUAUUCUAUAACAGAAAUCAUCCACCCUUUAAUUCCUUCAAUUCCUUCUCUCCUCCUAGAUAUCUAUCACAUUCAUUCUUUCAUUUAUCUUAUUUUACUUCUUUGCAUAUUCUAGCAAUACGAAAAGAUGGGAUUUUUUUUUAAUUGUAUUUAUUAAAUAAAAACACAAAACAACCCUGCAAAUUCAAUGUAUGAAUUACAAACUUUUUAAAUAUUUUCCUACUAGUAUAGGGUUAAAGGGGAACAGUCACUUUCCACAAUUUUUUUUUUUAAUUCAUUUUUUUUUUUUUUUCUUCUAAUGCAUUAAAAAAAAAAUAUUCUUGUUAUAUUAAUAAUAAAAAACAUUUGGGGCGGUGGAAUCUGACAGCCGUGCUGACCGGUUGCACUUCUUGAGUGCUCCAUAUGGACUUGCUCUAAAAUAGCCUAACUGCAUACUUUUUAUCUCAAAAUACAUUAGCUGGACAUCCCGGUGUCGAGAUCCAUCUGCUGCCUACUCACAGGUAGAGGGAGGUGGCUGUUCCCUCUGCUUGAUGCCACAAGUUUCUCUGGAGAUCACUCCUUCACUCUCUACUCCUGUCCCCCCCCCACCACUCCCCCUCAUCCAACGGUUUGUAAUCCCCCUUCUGACUUCAUUGGUUUUAAUGUCUCUAGACCCAUAGCUCUCUCCCUUGCGUAUCUUAGUAUACCAUUACAUUAGCUCGUUCGGGCAAGUUGAUAUGGUAGGUUUCUAACUGGCCUGUGGCUCAGAACCUAGGGGUGUGGGGGUAUCUCGGUAUACCCCCUACAUUAGGUCGUUCAGACAAGUUGAUAUGGUAGGUUUCGAGCUGGCCUGUGGCUCAGAACCUAGGGGUGUGGGGGUAUCUUGGUAUACCCCCUACAUUAGCUUGUUUGGGCAAGUUGAUAUGGUAGGUUUCGAGCUGACCUGUGGCUCAGAACCUAGGGGUGUGGGGGUAUCUUGGUAUACCCCCUACAUUAGCUUGUUCGGGCAAGUUGAUAUGGUAGGUUUCGAGCUGGCCUGUGGCUCAGAACCUAGGGGUGUGGGGGUAUCUUGGUAUACCCCCUACAUUAGCUUGUUCGGGCAAGUUGAUAUGGUAGGUUUCGAGCUGACCUGUGGUUCAGAACCUGGAGGUGUGGGGGUAUCUCAGUAUACCCCCUACAUUGGCUCAUUCGGACAAGUUGAUAUGGUAGGUUUUGAUGUUGAACGUUAAGGACCAGAGCAGUUUUGACACUUUUGUGGUGUUUGUGUUUAGCUGUAAUUUUCCGCGCUCUCAUUUACGUUUCCCAUACAAGUUUUAUAUAUUGUUUUUUUCAGGACAAGAAGGGCUUUCCUUACAUACCAUUAAUUGUAUCAUGUCAUGUAUUUUAUUUAAAAAAAAUAAUAAAAUAUGGUGAAAAAUUUUAAAAAACAAACAUGUUUUAGGACUUUUACUUGAAAAAUCUUUUACUUAUCUACAAAAGCUAAUGAAAAAAAACUGCUAAAUAGAUUCAAAAUUUUGUCCAGCAUUUAAAAAUACCCAGUGUUUACAUGCUUUAUUGCUUUUUUUUUUUUUGCAAGUUAUAGGUCUAUAAAUACAAGUAGGAAAUUGCUGUUUCAAUAUAUAUAUAUAUAUAUAUAUAUAUAUAUAUAUAUAUAUAUAUAUAUAUAUAUAUAUAUAUAUAUAUAUAUAUAUAUAUAUAUAUAUAUUUUCACAUUUAUCAAUAGUGACAUUGUAACACCGUUAUCUGUCAUAAAUCCCCGAAUCACACCUCACAUGUACAUAUUUUUUUUAAAGUAGAGAAAAUGGGGUAUGUCCAGUCUUUUUUAGUAGCCACCUAGUCACAAACACUGGCCAAAGUUAGCAUUUAUAUUUGUUUGUGUGUUUAAAAAUGCAAAAAACGCUAACUUUGGCCAGUGUUUGUGACUAAGUGGCUACUAAAAGGCUGAACAUAUACCCCAUUUGCAAUACCUUGGGUUGUCUUCUUUUGCAAAUGGUAUGCCAUCAUCGGGGUAAUUCUCAUUCCUGGUCUACCAUACGCUCUCAAAGGCAACCUAACCAAUCUGACAGAUUUCAAUAAAAAAAAAAAAAAAGUAAAAUCAAGCCUUAUAUUUGACCCUGUAACGUUCACAAACACUAUAAAACCUCUACAUGUGGGGUACUGUUAUACUCAGGAGACUUCGCUGAACACAAAUAUUAGUGUAUCAGAACAGUAAAAUGUAUCACAGCAAUAAUAUCAGUGAAAGUGCAGUUUGUGUGUGAAAAAUGCAAAAAACGUCACUUUCACUGCCAAUAUCAUCACUGUGAUAUGUUUUACUGUUUUGAAUCACUAAUAUUUGUGUUGAGUGAAGUCUCCCGCGUAAAACAGUUCUCCCCCGCCCCCCCCCCCCAUGUACAGGUUUUAGGGUGUCAUAGAAAGUUACAGGGUAAAAUUUAGUGCUAGCAAAUUAAAUUCUCUGGACUUUUGGCCUGUGUUGGCAGGCAGGUCCCUCAAAUUGCAAUCAAUAAAAUUACUUAAUUAUGUAAAAAUAUUACAUAAAUACGCACGUAGAAUUUAAAUAUAGAUACAUAUUUAUGUAAUUAUGUAUAUGGAUAUGUAUGUUUCGUAUUAUUUUUAUUUAUACAUAUAUAUCAUUACAUUCAAAGUGUAUUUUGAUAUAAAUAUAUAUAUUAAUAUCAAAAUACUGUUAUAAUAAAAAUAUAUAUAUAUUUAAAACUUUUUACUUAUUUAUUUUUAUUAACAUAUUUAUAAUUUAUAAUAUAUAUAUAUAUAUACAAUAUAGUGUGUGUGUGUGUGUGUGUGUGUAUAUGUAUGUAUAUGUGUGUGUAUAUAUAUAUAUAUAUAUAUAUAGUGUGUGUAAUUUAAAUUAAAAGUGUGUUUUUAUAUUAAUAUACGUAUAUAAAAAUACACUUAGUAUGACAUUAUAUAUAGAUAUUGUGUGUGUGUGUGUGUGUGUGUGUGUGUGUGUUUUUUUGCAAUUAGCAUUCUCACCACCUCAACUAGUUUCACCUGAUAUCUGUUUCUAAAAAGGCAGUCUGUUUUUCAGCUGGGGCAGAACUUUUCCUGUGCUUCACCCCAUGGUUGCACAUUUUAUGUUUUGUCUUAAAUUCCAAGUACUAUGUUGUCAUAGGUUUGAGCUAACUGACUGUUGGAAUGGAAAUUUUAAAGAGUAUGCUUCCUAAUAUUGGUUCCUGCAGAGUUUGCAUCAAACAGGUUUUAAAUGCAGUUGCAGCUAUUCUGUCUGCUCUAGCCUCUGCUUCCCAAAUGCGGCUAAGGAAAGCCUAUAGCAGGUAAGGCUGUUGGCUGGCAUUGGAACUUUAUAAUAUUGCUUACUAAUAUUGAUUCCUGCAGAGUCUGCAUCAAACAGGUUUUGAAAUGCAGUUUGCAGAUAUUCUUUCUGCUCCAGCCUCUGCUUCCCAAUUAUGGCUAAGGAUGGCCUGGAUCAUGGGUAUUGUCUUAUGCAAUAUAUCUAUGUAAUCAGUCUCGCUUCGGCCAAUCAAGAUGGUAACCUGUGAAUGAACUAGUCUCCAUGGAAAAUUAUUUCUUCCUCAUGUUACUGGGCUUGAAGCAAGUUCUAGUACAGCUGCAAGCUUAUUGAUCAAGGUGUAGUUCCACCAAGUUCAAUUUGUUCCCUGCACUGCAAUAGAUACGAUAUGACUGGGAUGGUUUACUGCCUAGGUUUGUCUGCAGUUUUCUUUUAAGAAAAAGCUUAUGGCAAUUGCCACUUGAGAUUCUCUCACUAUGCAAAAUGUUGCCAUCCAUAAAUUCAUUGAAUCUCUACAAUACUGCUUCCUCAGGGGCACCUAAUUAAUUUUUUUACACCCGCCCUAAAGGUUAGGGUGUUUCUACAGCAUACAGGUGGAUGCUAAUCAAUCUUCUUAUAAAGAAUUCCCUUUUCAAGAAGUGUGCAGUUCUGGUGUUUGUCAAGGAACAGUUCAGGUGUAAAUAUUUUGACAAGGGUUUUUGACUCUCAGAGAAUGGUAAUUCCCUGAAGAAAAAAAUUGUGGUUCUCACUGUCCUGAUCACCUGAAUUCUCUUUUCUACUUCAGUAGACCAGAUACUAGGGAAAUAAUAUUGGUUCCCGUCUUGUCUUCAGCUUCUUUAGGCAUAGCACUGUUUACAGGUCCUUCAGAGGCCAGAUACAGUUGCUAAUAAGAUUUUGCAGUAAAAUCCUAUACUUCGGUCAGUCCUUUCUGAACCAGGCCAGACGGUUCUUACUUUUUGUUCUAGUUCUCAAAUCGAUCGUUUAGAAUUUUACAACUGAUGCUUCAGGUCUCAGCUAGGUUCUCAUAGUGUUGAAGGGAAAUUAGCUGAGAUAAUUUGUAAAAACCUAUCCAACUACAUAGGACCGAAGGCUAGCUGGCUAACUCUUAUCCAGAUCUGGUCAGAUAGUUCUACAUCGGUAGCAAUUAUGUACAAACAAGGUCGUCUUCUUGUUUGAAAAUUCUUGUUCCAGGAUAUGCUUGUUAGUUUUUCCUAGGUCUAUUCACUUAUGCAUAGAACUUAAUAUUCCUCUGUUUAGCUGUAGCAUUGAGUAGUCAACAUUUAAUACAAAGCAGAUUGGUUCAUAUUCCCUGAUCUUCACCCAAACAAUAGGAAGAAUUUGAUUAUCCAGUUAUGGAACUGGGACUUCUAGAUCAAACAGCAUGAAGUGUUUUAAUAGGACAAGCUUGGACAGACCAGUAAGCUUUGGUUACCUUUUCUUUCUUGGGAAUUCCAGUCUAACCUAUAGUUUCUUCCUGGUUCCCUAUUCUCCAAGAUUCUACAGGGUGGAAAAGGUGAGAAUGAUAGUCUUCCUCCCUUGGUGACAAGUAGCUGUUUCACAGUUCAUCAAAAAUUAUCCAGAGGAAUCUUUGGGGACCUUACCUGUAAAUAGGCAUCCUGGAAUUCUCAAGGGUACCACUUCUCAACUUUGUUGUAAUUCAAGCUGACGACCUAGUUUAUGUAUACCAGAUACUGAAGCGUAAUGUUUUGUCUCAGGAAAUUAUUGACUAUUGACUAUUUCUUUCACUAUAAAUGGAUCUUGUUCCAAGAGUUAUUCCAAAUAUGGAAGGUGUUGUGUGUUUUUUUUUUUUUUUUUAAAGAUAUUGGCUAAUAGAAAAGCAGGCAUCUGCUUCCAAGUUUUAACCUCUUUUUUUUUCUUUCUUUCCUUUGGAUGGGCUUUGCGGAUGGGUUAAAGCCAGAGAUCCCUUAAGGUCAAAUUUCGGUUAUUAGUUUAUUUUCAGAGGUUUGUCUCCAAAUCACCAGUAUCUGCUAGGCUCUUUCGUGGUUAGUUCCUAUCUUCAGGGAAUCCUUUCCGCAGGGGAUCUUCUUUUGGGGUUUUUUACUCUGCUGAUUUGAGUCUACACUCUAGGUCUUUGGGGGUAGUCGCCCAAAAUAUUUUUGGGAAGAACUUCUUCAAGUUUCCAUUUUCAGCAGGAGAAACUGGAGUUAAGUUGGAUUCUUUAAUUCUUCCAAAUCUUCCAUCUAACAUUAUUUUUCUAGCUUUUCCCAACAGCGUUCUAGGGUCUUGGAAUUUUAAUUCAACUGCCUGGGCAUUUAGUUCUCGUCUACGUUACCUUAAAGGUCUGCAUUCGUUUGGGUUUUUUCUUAUCUAAGCUCCUUCGAUCACAGUUAUGUUCAGAUCGGUUGCCUGAGGGCUUCUGCUAUACAUUCUCUCGAAUUCCUAACAGCCACGAGGUGAUCUCUUCACUCAUUUUGGUCUGUUGAUCUUGGAAGAUACAACUUUGGUUCCCCCCCCCCAAAUUUGUUCAUAGUCUGAGUGGUACGGUUAUUCGGCUUUUGUAAUUUCUGUGGAUGUCUUGGGUAGGAAGCAAUGUAUAAGGCCAAAGGUUAAUUGGGGGAGGUUCUUAAAAAGUUUGGGAGAUUGCCUGCCUGUUUUUUCCCUCCAGGUGAUGAAAUCCCAGUUGUAAAGCACUGCCUCUAAUCUUCUGGAAAAAUAAAUUUACGGUAAGUAAAAAUUUGUUGUUUUUUUCAUCUUGGCAGGGAGACAGAGACAUGACAUCAGAAUACUGGGUGUUACAUGUUGCCAGAUUAAAUAUCAUAAUAUAUCGGUACAAAAUGCUUACAGUAGAUACAUGCAAUACAAUUUAUAUUGAUAUGAAACUCACAUAGGCAAAGUUGUCUCCGUCCGCCAAGGGUUUUUCAUUUUUUAUAGACAUUAACUUUAUAAUAAGACAUAUUUGACAAGACUUGCUGGUUCGGCCUCUCGACAAAGCAAGCAUCUGCAAUAGGUUGCUGAUAUGCCCGGGUUAUUCACUAUGUGCAGUACAAUGAACCUUGGCAGAAUCGGGCCAAUGCCUAUGAGUAUGUCUUGGAAGUAGGGGUUUCCUAAACAAGAGAAGGGAAAGAUAGAUAUGCAAAAGAAGAGGGGAUGUGGGAUAUCUGUGUGUGACGAGACCAAUCUCGCCACAUUGCAUUGGAGAAGCCUGGUUGCUCGCCUGCUGCCUUUGGACUAUGGCCCCCUUUUAAAAGACUUUAUUUUUGCCUGCAGAAAAGCUGUAUUCGUGCUUUUCUGCCUGGGGUUCAGUAGAUUUGUUUGAAUGUGUUAUACCCCAGAUAGGAAUCCCAUGGAGCCCAUUUGUAUGAAACUGACUGUAAAGACUUUGGCUCCAUGGCGAUUAAACUGUAUUCGUGUGGUCUGAGCGCCAUUCACUUAAUAAUGUGCGCUCAGACCUGAGCUAUCUGGGGAUAUGUGAAAUGUCUGUGUUUUAUGUAUAAAUGUGACUUUAUGUAUUUUAAAGUGUUUUGUGUCUUUUUGCAACCAUGUGCUUAAUGGAGUCUUGUGUCUAUCCUGGGAGAUAAUUGAAUUACUUAUCUCCAGGAUAGAAGACUCUGAAACUGGUUUGGGCCAGAAAGCCAUGCUUCAUUUAGUCACAAAGGACUUUUUACUAACUUUUGAACCCCUGGUCUGAUUCAGGCCAUUUUUUAAUAUGUUGUUCCCCUGAAUGGAUUGAUUGUGAAUGUGUAAUUUUAUGUGAAUGUGAUGUAUGGUUUUAGAGUUAUGAAAGUUGGGUAGAAAGUAUGUUUUAACUGUAUGUAUAACUGAGUUUCCUCUCAGGAUAAGGGGAGGGAAUAUGUGGGAUGUAACUGUGAUGUUAUUGGUUGUUUUAUACCUCCCUGUGGGCGGUCCUGUAUUUGAAAACACUGUAAUAAAAACCAGGCUGGGUGUGCCAGCACCUCAGACCACUGCUUGACCCUCAACACGGAGCCUUGUCUCGUUCUUGGGGGGAUUCACUGUAUGCUGUUAGAGACUGAUUGCCAGGAGUGUAAGCUGUUCGCCUGCUUUUCCUGUUCGUCUGCUAGCAGCUAUUUGGGAGGUUCCAGUUCGGGAGUUGGAGUGCUAUUUUGUAUCCAGUUCGUGAGUUUUGGUGUUCUGCAGUAGCUGUGCCUGUAUCUCUGGGAAGGGGGCCGAUCGCCUAAACGGUUUUUACCCCUUGUGUGCAAAACGGUCCGUUACACUGUGGUAUUAAAUAUUUCUCGUACAGAUCCGUGCUAUGGGACGGUGGGGGGGGGGGGGGGGGCGGGCAACCCACUAAAACUGCCUUGCACCAGGAUGGGUGGUUAUCUCAGGUCUCACCUAGUGCGCUGUCGUCCCACCGGUCCCAAAUCUUGUGGAAGGUUUUAGUGGACCCCGUACUCUGGCUGUCAGGUUGUUCAUUAGUCUUAUCUCUUUAAUUCUAGCUAUAAUUUCUGUCACCCCUGGGGUGGUUGGCCAUAGCCAAGCUGCUGCUGCCUUCUUAGCCGCUAGCGUGAUCUUGUGGAUAAGCUUCUGUUCAGUUCUGGUCCACCCCUCUAGCGACCUGUUGAGCAAGUACACCCAGAGAUCUAAUUCCGGGGUCCUGGAGAACACCUGCCCCAGGAGGUCUUUAACUAGGUUCCAAAAUCUAAUCAUACUAGGACAUUCCCACCACAUGUGUAGAUAAGAACCCUUGAGGCCAUAACCCCUCCAACAUACAUCCGUUGUGAAUUUGUGCAUUCGGAACAACUUUACCGGGGUAGUAUACCACCGGAACAUCGUUUUUGAAGGAUUGCUCCUGGAGGGUAACACAUACAGAGGUGGUAGCACUGGCCUCCCAUAUCUCCUGCCAUUCCACCCCCUCCAGUACUUCUCCCAAUUCCUGUUCCCACUGGUCGGUAUACUUUAGUCUGCCCCAUUCUCUCGCCUCCAAGCAGAGAUGAGUGUACAGCAGCGUGAUCAUACCCGAGGGCAAAUUCUGUCAGGCAUCAGUGCUCAAAAGUCAGUGGUUGUAAAGCAGCACUUCUAAGGUGUGGGUGUUUUUACAAAAUCUUUCAGUUGAAUAUAUCUAAAAAGAAAUCGCCUGGCGUGAGGUGCCUCCCCUGUGCGAGGUUGUCGAACCCUACUAUUUCGGUACCUUUGUAUGAUUGGCAUAUUCUCUGGAGUCCUGUUUGCUCCAAGUUCCUAAAGUCAUGCCUGGGGUAAAUGCCUUAGGCAGGGUAAGAUGUGACUGCACGCUCCGCUCACUUCUACCCCCUCCAAGUACCCCCCUUCUGUUCUCUGUUCCCCUCUCUUCCAUGUCUCUCCCCCCUUCCAUCGAUCUCCUUUUCUAUCCAUAACUGUAUCUCCUACCUUUUUAUUCAUACAUCCCCCCCCUUCCAUUCAUAUUCUCCCCUCCCAGUGUGUCCCUUCCAUCCAUGUCUCCCUCCCCCCUUCCAUCCAUUUUUCGCUCACCCAAUGCCAUCCACAUCUCUCCACCCUUGCUACCCACCUUCAUCCAUAUCUCUCCCCUCUUUCAUUCGUAUAUCUCUUCCCCCCCCCCCGCCAACCUCCUUCCUCUCAUCCAUAUAUCUCCCCCUUCCUCAAUAUUUCUCCUUCCUCAAUAUCCCUUCCCUUGCCUACCUCCCCCCCCCUUACUCAAUAUCUCCCCCUCCUUGCCAACCUCCACCUUACUCAAUAUACCCUUUGCCUCUUCCUGAAAUCUACCUAUCUAUGCAAUCCUCGUGAGCACUCACAGAGCCGGCAGUCCAGUAAAAGGCUGUUUUCACUUGCCCGCCUCCCCUGCUGUUUUGCCUGUCAUGGCAGGGGAGGGGGUGUCCGGUGCGAGGCGGCGCGCUGCCUGUGUCAUGUUGAGCUUCUAUGCAGACCGCGAGGGGGAGGCGCUCCCCCUGUGUACUGUGCAUUUAGUUCCUUGAUAUAGCCGCACGCUGCCUAGGGACGCAAAAAUCACUGCUCACACUGACAAUUGAUAUUUGCGCGCGCCCCUGGCGGGCGCCAGUCUCACCAAUCCCUCGGUAUGCCUCUGGUACUAUUUUACUUGGGAGACUUCGCUUAACACAAAUGUGUUAUAAAACCGUAAAGGCUAAGUUUGGCCAGCAUUUGUGGCUAAUACAAAAGACUGGACAUACCUCAUUUUGAAUACACUGUGUUGUCUAUUUGUUUUCAAAUGGUGGGGUUAACUUUCAUUUCUCGGCUGCCAUACCGUCUCAAAGGCAACAUAGCCAAUCUGGCAAAUUUCAAUUGGCAAAAACAGAAAUGAGCAAAUCUUAUAUUUGACCCUGUUACUUUCCAAAACACCAUAAAAACCUGUAGAUGAGGCGUACUGUUGUACUCGUGAGACAUUACUCUACACAAAUAUGGGGUUUUUUUUGUAUUUUUUUUAUUAUUAUUUAUGUAUUUUUAGAGCAGUUAAAUGUAUAAUAUGGAUGAUAUCAUCGGUGAAAUGGUAGUUUGUGUGAAAAAUGCAAAAAAAAAAAUAUAAACGCAAAUUUUGGUCAGGGUUUGUGACUGGCUACUAAAAAAGAAAUUUUGUAUAUGUAUAUUUUAUUGCAGUAAAAUCGAACAGUAUUAUAGAAACAUAGAAUGUGACGGCAGAUAAGAACCAUUCGGUCCAUCUCGUCUGCCCAAUUUUCUAAAAACUUUCAUUAGUCCCUAGCCUUAUCUUAUAGUUAGGAUAGCCUUAUGCCUGUCCCAUGCAUGCUUAAACUCCUUUACUGUGUUAACCUCUACCACUUCAGCUGGAAGGCUAUUCCAUGCAUCCACUACCCUCUCAGUAAAGUAAUACUUCCUGAUAUUAUUUUUAAACCUUUGUCCCUCUAAUUUAAGACUAUGUCCUCUUGUUGUGGUAGUUUUUCUUCUUUUAAAUAUAGUCUCCUCCUUUACUGUGUUGAUUCCCUUUAUAUAUUUAAAUGUUUCUAUCAUAUCCCCCUGUCUCGUCUUUCCUCCAAGCUAUACAUGUUAAGAUCCUUUAACCUUUCCUGGUAAGUUUUAUCCCGCAAUCCAUGAACCAGUUUAGUAGCCCUUCUCUGAACCCUCUCUAAGGUAUCAAUAUCCUUCUGAAGAUACGGUCUCCAGUACUGUGUACAAUACUCCAGUUAAACUGUCACAUUCAAUUAUGUUUCAUAUAUAAAUAUGUUAUGAAAUGAAAGCCCUGUUUCUCCUGUACAAAAUAUGUAAGAAGUGUUGGGUGCACUUAAAAGAGGUGAAUUAUGGUUGAACAACAUAUAGCGCAAAUUCCAGGUUUUGUUUUGAUCACAACUUUUACAAUUGGCUCCGUCCUUAAUGGGUUAAUAAUUUAUAAAAUAUUGUGGGGUGUUUUGUUUUUAACUAGAAAUGACACUCCUAAAAUUAUAAACCUGAAAAUACUGUUGGUAUACUGACUUAAAGGACCGCUAAAGGCACCCAGACCACUUCAGCUUAAUGAGGUGGUCUGGGUGCCAGGUCAUUCUAGGAUUAACCCAUUUUUUUUAUAAACAUAGCAGUUUCAGAGAAACAAACUGCUAUGUUUAUGAAUGGCUUAAUCCAGCCUCUAGUGGCCGUCUCAUUGACAGCCGCUAGAGGCGCUUGCGUGCUUCUCACUGUGAUAUAACAUUUUAUUUAUUGCAUCUUAAUGUACCACCUACUGUAUACUCUGAAAUUCAUAUUUGUCGUUGUACAUGUUGUUGUAUUUUUGUUUUGGAUUCUUGAAGACUGAUUUGACAUGUUAUGUGCUGGCUAUGCCAAAACCCUUUCUAAUAACAAUUACCUUUUUAAAAAAUAAAAUAAAAAAAGUAAACCCCUUCACUACAAAAUCUGAUGUACUAUCUUUCUGUGGUACAAUAUCUUUGAAAUUCCAUUGUGUCAAAUAAUUAUGAUUUUUUUUUUUUAAUUUUUUUUUUUAAUUAUGAUUUUUUUAAUAAAAAAUAAAAUUAAAAAAAAUAUAUAUAUUAUAGAGAUUAUCUUUGUGAUGACAUAUCUGCUGUAGUAAGGCAUAUCGUUUAACUGUGUAUUGAUAGCUGAAUGAAUUUAAAGGGACAUUAAAGCCAUUGUCUUUAUCCUGUGCUGAGGCUACAUUGGCACUACUGACCUCUUCUCCUACUACAAUGUCACAGAGGCCAUGGUCGAUUUGAUGGUCCAAUCCAAGGCUCCUCAUUCAGAAAUCACUAUAGAGAGAGACUGAACUAGUGCUUUUGUAUGGGGGGGGGGGACAGUGCUUCCACUGAGGUGGUACCUCUAGUAGCUGUCAAUAUAAAUAUUGCAAUUUCUCAAAACAAACACCUGCCGGUUAAAACUAAAGAACUAUUGCACGCAGACCACUCAACUGAGAUGAUGUGGUUGAGUGGCUUUAGUGAUACUAUUACCAAUAGAGAGUUUGUGUGAAUGUUGGAGCAUUCUAUAUAUUCGAAUAAUCAGAAUAAAUAUUUUUUGUAGAAAUGGAGACAUUGAUCUGUUCACGUAUAAAUUUUAUUUUUAUUUUUUUUUAUCUGCUAUUUGCUGAUAGACCAAAUUAUGUUGUCUUCUUCUUCCAGGGCCAGUUGGGUGGUAGUGAAAGUGCAGGAUGCCACCAGGAGUUUAUUGCCCAGUUGACUUCUGGGCCAAAGAGGAGAAGCAGAAUAUCUCGGUGGACUUUCUGCUUCCUAAUGGCAUUUACCUCAACUUCUGGGUGCCAUGCAACGCCAACCUGGGAAACAUCAAAAAGGUACGAAUGAUCACAACAUUGCCGCUGUUCUCUCUAUUAUCCUGUAAAACAACCUGAGCAAACGACUGCAUCAUGGAAAAAGUUUACGUUACCUCUAGAUAGGAUUAGGAUAUGUUGAGGAAGAUUAUCUCCUACAAAUCGUGAUAUUUUGUGACCAUGUGGCUAAAUAUAUCUAAUGUUCCCUUUUAAGCCCUCUGCGCCCACCUGUGAAAUUUACAAGAUGGUCUUUAUUACACCUAAAUCCUUAAGCUUCUAGCAGUAUGGAGGGCGUGGUAAUGAGAAGAACCAUAAUGGUGCUUGUAGGGAGCACUGCUCACAGCAUGUGCAAUGCAAUGGUUCUAGUUUUAUAAAAAGGUCUCGUAUACGGUAUGUCAUUAGAAGGCUAUAUAUCUAUCUACUCCCGUUUUUAGUCCUCUUAUUUACAGUUAGUGUUUGCAGUCUGUCUGUCUCUGUUCCUGAAGUUAAGUCCUCGCUGCUGUUUUGGUUUGGAUUUUCCAGCUGCUAUGGCAACGUGCACAGCAGGAGCCACUGUUUCACAUGCUCAGCCAUCCUUCAUCGUAUGUCUUCACCUGUAUCAACCAGACGGCCGAGCAACAGGAGCUGGAGGACGAACAGCGCCGACUCUGCGACAUCCAGCCCUUCCUGCCCGUCCUGAGACUCGUAGCCAGAGAAGGGGACCGGGCGGAGAAACUGCUGAACUCUCAGAUAAGCCUCUUGAUUGGCAAAGGUCAGGACCAGUCCAUAUUUUUAUUAAUUUUUUUUUUAAAUGGUCACACCGGUGCUCAGCUCUGAGUAGAACGCUUUGAGGGUCUGUACUUUCCUGCUUUCUUGCCUCUUUCUCAGAUGCAUCAAUAUGCAUUUGGUGCCUUGACAUCCCUUUUUAAGGACUGCUCUGUCUGCAACCCUCUAUUAGUUUGUUUUGAGUAAUGGAUGUGAUUUUGUUAUUUGAUUCUGAUACAUUCCCACUUGUACUCUGUGCUGCACUGAUUCAGUAGUAACUGGCAAGAUUAGGUUUUUCUUGUUAAGUUAAAGAGCCUAAAUUUUUAUUUUUCUUCUCCCUCCCCCUCCCCCCCCCAUUUCAGGUUUGCAUGAAUUUGACGCUCUAAAUGAUCCAGAAGUAAAUGAUUUCCGCAGUAAAAUGCGCAUGUUCUGCGAAGACACCGCAAUGCAAAGACAGCGAAUGACUUGGCAGAGCUGGAUGGAGACAAAUUUUCCCCUCCAGCUUGAAUCCUCCUCCUCAAUCUUUACGAGAGAAUCCAUGCCCCCCAAAAUGCUCAUGAUUAACGUCAAAUUUGAAAGUAGCGAGGUAUGUGGCUGGGCAGCAAUGCUCUGUAAAAUAAUUCAACAUACUGACUGUUCCUAAACCACUGUCCAUAUAGGAAAACCUGAAUAUUGUUGAGCCUAGGAUUGGAACAUUUACUGCCAUUUCUGGGAUUUCUAAAACUGAAGUCCUAUUUUGGUCUCCAGUACCAUACAGCCUGCAAGAGCUGUUUAUUAAUAGCCUUAUGUCAAGGUAUGCCGAUACAUUGGAAUUGGCCAAUUAUAUUCCUGAAACGUUGUCCUUUUCCACCCAGAACUCUGGGUACAUUCUGUUUGAUAACCCUUUACUUCUGAUUUAGCAUGACAUAACUAAAUAGCCAUAUAUACGACGAGAAGUUAUGUUUAUAUAAGGGAAGAAUAGUAACACAUGGGCAGUAAAGACGUUUCUUGAUAAGAGUCUGAAAAAUAUAUUUAUUUUUUCUUAAACCCAAAAAGUAAACUUGUAUUACUUUCUUUUUUUUUUUAAAAUCUUUAUUUUAAUUUGCUAUCGUAUACAAUUAAAGGGACACUAUAGUCACCUGAACAACUUUAGCUUAAUGAAGCAGUUUUGGUGUAUAGAACAUGCCCCUGCAGCCUCACUGCUCAAUCCUCUGCCAUUUAGGAGUUAAAUUCCUUUGUUUAUGAACCCUAGUCACACCUCCCUGCAUGUGACUUGCACAGCCUUCCAUAAACACUUCCUGUAAAGAGAGCCCUAUUUAGGCUUUCUUUAUUGCAAGUUCUGUUUAAUUAAGAUUUUCUUAUCCCCUGCUAUGUUAAUAGCUUGCUAGACCCUGCAAGAGCCUCCUAUAUGUGAUUAAAGUUCAAUUUAGAGAUUGAGAUACAAUUAUUUAAGGUAAAUUACAUCUGUUUGAAAGUAAAAAACAUUUUUUUUGUUUUUUUCAAUGCAGGCUCUGUCAAUCACAGCCAGGGGAGGUGUGGCUAGGGCUGCAUAAAUAGAAACAAAGUGAUUUAACUCCUAAAUGACAGUGAAUUGAGCAGUGAAAUUGCAGGGGAAUGAUCUAUACUAGGGGUCAGCAACUUACGGCACUAGUGCCAUGCACGGCACUCGAGGUGUCUUUGCACGGCACUCAAGGCUACAAGAGCCAACCAAACAGGCUCUGGCCUAUCAGGAGUCUCAGUGAAACUUCAGAUGUCUGCUAAUACGAAGAGGUGGUGAAGGACAAUCCUCAAUUUAUGCAUUGCAGCACUUAGAGGAAGUGAUCUCAGAUCACUUCCUCCCAGCACUUGUGAAUAGGAAUCCACACUGUAGUAGAGCAGCUCACAGCUGAUGUUGCAGCUCCUGUCCUUGAGCUGUUCCUGCCCAGGCUGGUCCCCACUGGAACCCAGGGAAGCCACCCACACUGCUAGAUAUACAGAGACCUGCAGAAUAACCCUCCCCUCAUACAAAUAAUACAAACAGCACACAAACAUACACACAAUUCCCACAAACUCAACACCACUAACAAUCCACAUACGUGCACACAACCCCACAUGCAGCCUCUCACAUGCAAUACCCCAAACAGCCCCCCACACAUACACACACUACCAAACACACAAUGUGACAUAUCCAUCCACACACAAUUCCACAAGCUGCCUCCAUACACGGCCCACAUUCAUAUGUAUCAUACACGAUACCACAAACUAUUAAUGAACAUAUACAAUAUAUUAGCUCCUGUACGCACAAAUACAACAAUACAAAGCAAUUACAGUAUAAAUAACUCAAGCAGAAUAUGGCCGCACACACACCUCAAUUUAAAAAAAUAGGAUCGGCAGGAAUUUGGGGGCCCCAAGCAAAAUGGACAUGUAGGCGCCCCCCCGCCCGCAAAGCCUACAGGAACCACAGCGUAGCCAUACAGUUUAAGUUCACCCACACUUUAUAUAAAUAAAAAAUGUUUACAGUGCAAAUACUGCUGUUGCAUAUAAUGUGCAUAAAAUUUGAACAUUUUCAAGAAUUGAAAAUUCCCUGUGUUCUCCUCAUCCCCCCUUCUCCUCACCCCCCCUUCCUGUGUUCUCCUCAUCGCCUCACCCUCCCCUCCCUGUGUUCUUCUUACUCUUCCCCCCCCCUCCCUAUGUGCUUCUUACUACUCCCCCCUUUGUUGUUCUUACUACUCUCAUCCCUCACCCUUUCCAACAAUCAUCGGUGGAUCGUAUGUUCAGCUUAUAUAUUAAGAGGAUUUUGUACAUUUGUUCCUUGGAGACUAUACAUACCGAGACCUUCGCGCUGCCUCGCACAUAUCUUGCCACUCAUCAUCCACAAUCUCCUCCCCCAGGUCUCUCUCCCACUGUGCCACAUAUCGCAGGGGAUCCCAAAUCUUGGAGGUUGAGUGUAGCUCAGUAUAAAUAUCCGUGACAAGUCCCUACCUAUAUCUUCCCUCAGAACAUAAUCUCAAAUAGAGUGAGUGCCCCUUGACCUCACGAUCUCCUCCCCAUGGGCAAAGUCUCUGAUUUGCAGAUAUCUGAAGUAGUUAUGGUUAAUCGGUCCGCUGUUUCAACACGUCCUUCUAUUCCUUUUUAAAACAAAAUUUACCUCCUUUUUAUUUAAUACUCUUUCUUGUAUUACACCGUAAAUUUGUUAUGCAUAUAUACAAGCAAAUGCCCUUUUCGCUUAAAGGAACACUACAAACCUGUAUUCCUUUUAAAAACAUACAGUGCCUUGCAAAAGUAUUCACCCCUUGACUUUUUACCUAUUUUGUGACAUUACAGCCUUAAGUUCAAGGUUUUAUUAAUCUGAAUUUUAUGUGAUGGAUCAGAACACAAUAGUCUAAGUUGGUGAAGUGAAAUGAGAGAAAUAUAUACAUAAAACUAUUUUUUAGAAAUAGAAAACAGAAAAUUGGCAUGAGCGUAUGUAUUCACCCCCUUUGUUAUGAAGCUCAUAAAAAGCUCUGGUGCAACCAAUUACCUUCAGAAGUCACAUAAUUAGUGAAAUGAUGUCCACCUGUGUGCAAUCGAAGUGUCACAUGAUCUGUCAUUACAUAUACACACCUUUUUUGAAAGGCCCCAGAGGCUGCAACACCUAAGCAAGAGGUACCACUAACCAAACACUGCCAUGAAGACCAAGGAACUCUCCAAACAAGUAAGGGACAAUGUUGUUGAGAAAUACAAGUAAGGGUUAGGUUAUAAAAAAUAUUCAACUCUUUGAUGAUCCCCAGGAGCAUCAUCAAAUCUAUCAUAACCAAAUGGAAAGAACAUGGCACAACAGCAAACCUGCCAAGAGACGUCCGCCCACCAAAACACACGGACCGGGCAAGGAGGGCAUUAAUCAGAGUGGCAGCACAGAGACCUAAGGUAACCCUGGAAGAGCUGCAGAGUUCCACAGCAGAGACCGGAGUAUCUGUAAAUAGGACGACAAUAAGCCGUACGCUCCAUAGAGUUGAGCUUUAUGGCAGAGUGGCCAGAAGAAAGCCAUUACUUUCAGCAAAAAAUGGCACGUUUUGAGUUUGCGAAAAGGCAUGUGGAAGACUCCUACAAUGUAUGGAGCUCUGGUCUGAUGAGACUAAAAUUUUACUUUUCGGCCAUCAAAGAAAACGCUAUGUCUGGCGAAAACCCAACACAUCACAUCACCCAAAGAACACCAUCCCCACAGUGAAACAUGGUGGUGGCAGCAUCAUGCUGUGGGGAUGUUUUUCAGCAGCCGGGACUGGGAAACUGGUCAGAGUUGAGGGAAAGAUGGAUGGUGCUAAUUACAGGGAUAUUCUUGAGCAAAACCUGUACCACUCUGUGCGUGAUUUGACGCUAGGACCGAGGUUCACCUUCCAGCAGGACAAUGACCCCAAACACACUGCUAAAGCAACACUUGAGUGAUUUAAGGGGAAACAUGUAAAUGUGUUGGAAUGGCCUAGUCAAAGCCCAGACCUCAAUCCAAUAGAAAAUCUGUGGUCAGACUUAGAUUGCUGUUCACAAGCGCAAGCCAUCCAACUUGAAGGAGCUGGAGCAGUUUUGCAAUGAGGAAUGGGCAAAGAUCCAAGUGGUAAGAUGUGGCAAGCUCAUAGAGCCUUAUCCAAAGCGACUUGGAGCUGUGAUUAUCGUAAAAGGUGACUCUACAAAGUAUUGACUUUAGGUGGGUGAAUAGUUAUGCAUAUUUACUUUUUCUGUUAUUUUGUCCUAUUUGUUGUUUGCUUCACAAUAAAAAAGAAAAUCUUCAAAGUUGUGGGCAUGUUCUGUAAAUUAAAAAUGAUGCAAAUCCCCAAACAAUCCAUGUUAACACAAAAAAUGCCAAGGGGGUGAAUACUUUUGCAAGGCACUGUAUUCCACAUUCAUUUAUUAUAUAAAGAAAUCAAAAUUUAACAAUAGAAACGAGUAGGCCCUUGGCCCCUGGACCCUUCAAAGUGCAUUAAAAUGUGAACUUUAACUUUUCUCAAUCAGCGGGUUGGUCUUGCUGCGGCUGGUUCCGCCUCCACUGCUGAGAUAAUCAAUCUUGAUGAUCUCUGUCAUUCCAGUGCUUUCCCAUAGAAAAGCAUUGUGAGGCUAUGCAUCUCUAUGGGGAACGUUCAGUGACUACAUGCAAAGCAUGGAGACUCUAAAUGCAAGCAGCAAUGACACCAGAAACCCCUCUAGUGGCGGUCUAAGUGAUUGUCACUAACGGUGUAACUAGACCGCAAUGUAAAUACUGUUUUCUCAGGAAAGGCAGCGUUUACAUUGAAAAGCCUGCAGACACCAGAAUCACUGCAUUAAGCUGUUUGUAGUAACUUUAUUAUUAUUUUAUUUAUAUAGUGCUGUACAAUGGGUGGACUAACAGAUGUGUUACUGUACAUCCAGUUACAAUAACACGAGAGGUGGAGGGCCCAGCUACAGUGAGUUUACAUGUUAGAGGGAGUGGGGUAUAGUGUAACCCUGCUCAGUGAGUUUACAUGUUAGAGGGAGUGGGGUAUAGUGACACAGUAACAGAGGGAUUGACAGUGACAUGUUAGAGGGAGUGGGGUAUAGUGACAAGUAACAGGGAUUGAGGGCCUGCUCAGUGAGUUUACAUGUUAGAGGGAGUGGGGUAUAGUGACACAGUAACAGAGGGAUUGAGGGGCCUGCUCAGUGAGUUUACAUGUUAGAGGGAGUGGGGUAUAGUGACACAGUAACAGAGGGAUUGAGGGCCCUGCUACAUGUUGAGUGGGGUAUAGUGACAGUAACAGAGGGAUUGAGGGCCCUGCUCAGUGAGUUUACAUGUUAGAGGGAGUGGGGUAUAGUGACACAGUAACAGAGGGAUUGAGGGCCUGCUCAGUGAGUUUACAUGUUAGAGGGAGUGGGGUAUAGUGACACAGUAACAGAGGGAUUGAGGGCCCUGCUCAGUGAGUUUACAUGUUAGAGGGAGUGGGGUAUAGUGACACAGUAACAGAGGGAUUGAGGGCCUGCUCAGUGAGUUUACAUGUUAGAGGGAGUGGGGUAUAGUGACACAGUAACAGAGGGAUUGAGGGCCUGCUCAGUGAGUUUACAUGUUAGAGGGAGUGGGGUAUAGUGACACAGUAACAGAGGGAUUGAGGGGCCUGCUCAGUGAGUUUACAUGUUAGAGGGAGUGGGGUAUAGUGACACAGUAACAGAGGGAUUGAGGGCCCUGCUCAGUGAGUUUACAUGUUAGAGGGAGUGGGGUAUAGUGACACAGUAACAGAGGGAUUGAGGGCCUGCUCAGUGAGUUUACAUGUUAGAGGGAGUGGGGUAUAGUGACAGUAACAGAGGGAUUGAGGGCCUGCUCAGUGAGUUUACAUGUUAGAGGGAGUGGGGUAUAGUGACACAGUAACAGAGGGAUUGAGGCCCUGCUCAGUGAGUUUACAUGUUAGAGGGAGUGGGGUAUAGUGACACAGUAACAGAGGGAUUGAGGGCCCUGCUCAGUGAGUUUACAUGUUAGAGGGAGUGGGGUAUAGUGACACAGUAACAGAGGGAUUGAGGGCCUGCUCAGUGAGUUUACAUGUUAGAGGGAGUGGGGUAUAGUGACACAGUAACAGAGGGAUUGAGGGCCUGCUCAGUGAGUUUACAUGUUAGAGGGAGUGGGGUAUAGUGACACAGUAACAGAGGGAUUGAGGGCCUGCUCAGUGAGUUUACAUGUUAGAGGGAGUGGGGUAUAGUGACACAGUAACAGAGGGAUUGAGGGCCUGCUCAGUGAGUUUACAUGUUAGAGGGAGUGGGGUAUAGUGACACAGUAACAGAGGGAUUGAGGGCCUGCUCAGUGAGUUUACAUGUUAGAGGGAGUGGGGUAUAGUGACACAGUAACAGAGGGAUUGAGGGCCUGCUCAGUGAGUUUACAUGUUAGAGGGAGUGGGGUAUAGUGACACAGUAACAGAGGGAUUGAGGGCCCUGCUCAGUGAGUUUACAUGUUAGAGGGAGUGGGGUAUAGUGACACAGUAACAGAGGGAUUGAGGGCCCUGCUCAGUGAGUUUACAUGUUAGAGGGAGUGGGGUAUAGUGACACAGUAACAGAGGGAUUGAGGGCCCUGCUCAGUGAGUUUACAUGUUAGAGGGAGUGGGGUAUAGUGACAGUAACAGAGGGAUUGAGGGCCUGCUCAGUGAGUUUACAUGUUAGAGGGAGUGGGGUAUAGUGACACAGUAACAGAGGGAUUGAGGGCCUGCUCAGUGAGUUUACAUGUUAGAGGGAGUGGGGUAUAGUGAUACAGUAACAGAGGGAUUGAGGGCCUGCUCAGUGAGUUUACAUGUUAGAGGGAGUGGGGUAUAGUGACACAGUAACAGAGGGAUUGAGGGCCUGCUCAGUGAGUUUACAUGUUAGAGGGAGUGGGGUAUAGUGACACAGUAACAGAGGGAUUGAUGGCCUGCUCAGUGAGUUUACAUGUUAGAGGGAGUGGGGUAUAGUGACACAGUAACAGAGGGAUUGAGGGCCUGCUCAGUGAGUUUACAUGUUAGAGGGAGUGGGGUAUAGUGACACAGUAACAGAGGGAUUGAGGGCCUGCUCAGUGAGUUUACAUGUUAGAGGGAGUGGGGUAUAGUGACAGUAACAGAGGGAUUGAGGGCCCUGCUCAGUGAGUUUACAUGUUAGAGGGAGUGGGGUAUAGUGACACAGUAACAGAGGGAUUGAGGGUCAUGCUCAGUGAGUUUACAUGUUAGAGGGAGUGGGGUAUAGUGACACAAAGGGUAAAAGUAGGUUGUUGGCAAAGUAUUCACUGAGGGCUUAGUAGGUAAUUUUGACAGUUGCAGUAGAGGAGUCAUGGGGGGUGGGGGAUAAAAACCUGCUAACAGUUUAAAGGACCACCAUAGUGUACGUUUUCCUGGCACUAUAAUGCCCUGAGGGUGCCCCCACCCUCAGGGUCCCCCUCCCUCCAGGCUCUGGGGGGAGGAAGGGGUUAAACUUACCUCCUUCUCCAGCGCUGGGCUGAAGCACCACUUAUCGUACCAAAACUCUUGCAGGUAAAGCAGUUGUUGCUUGUUCUUGAAUCCUGGGGCUAUUUGCAUUGUGUUUGGCAUUUCCGAAAUCUUGUCCUCUUUCAGCAGCUCAGAGUGUGCUUGGUUUUGGUGGAAAAGUGUUGCGUCUGACCAAAGAGGACUUGGCCGCCUCAGUGGAGCAGGGCUAAGCCAGGAGAUGCAAUGAGGAUGUUCAGAGUUACCCCAACUACCAUGACCACUUUAGUGACUUUUGGCACAGCAAGAGUUACUAUUAACACAAAACAGUGAGAUUAAAAUAUUUAUUUAGUAUUUAUUUAUCCAUCUGUUGGAUAUAAAUAAGAAUACCCAAGGGUUGUGAUUUAUGCAAUUUUGGAUAAAUCAAAAAUUAUAUUAUAUAAAAAAAAGCACAUUAACAGAACCUACCAUGGCAACCAAUUUCCGUUCUGCAACAUUUAAUCUUUCCGUAGAGUGAUUCAGGAUGUCAUUUUUAUAUGAUGACUUGUAAAUCUGUUAUUAACCCAUGACACCAUGCCGGUCUCUUUUUUUUUUUAUUUUUUUUUUUUUUAGGAGAGCUUCACUUUGCAGGUGUCCUUGGUGGAUUUUCCCAUCACCCUUGUAGGAAUGGCUCUAAAGAAAAAAUCCAAUCUUUUUGGCCAGCGAUCGUUGGGGCGUCCAGAAGAGUACACCCUGCAAGUCAAUGGGAUGUUAGAAUACUUAUAUGGAGACUACCCUCUUUGCCAGUUUACAGUGAGUAUGCAGCUUUUUCUAUCUUCUGGGACAAGGGUGUAGGACACAAUAAAUGAUUUUGAAAACUCUUAAGGAAGACUGCUACUCAUCAGUACAGUCCAGGAGGCAAAGAGACUGCUUCUGUCCUGUGAAGGUCUUCAGAAAUAUUAAAGGGACACUAUAGUCACCAGAACAACUACAGCUUAUUGUAUGGUAUACAGCUUAUUGUAUGGUAUACAGCUUAUUGUAUGGUAUACAGCUUAAUGUAUAAUAUAAAGCUUAUUGUAUGAUAUACAGCUUAUUGUAUGAUAUACUGCUUAUUGUAUAAUAUACAGCUUAAUGUAGUUGUUCUGUGAGUAUAAUAGCUCCCUUCAGGCAUUUUCAUGUAAACACUGCCUUUUCAGAGAAAAAGCAGUGUUUAAAUUGCCCCUAGGGACACCAAGUGGCCACUCCUCAGAUGGAAAGGGGGGCGGGGCCAAACACCACUCCUCAGAUGGCCACUGGAGGUGCUUCCUGGAUCAGUGUUGCACAGUAGGCAGCCCUGCCGUUCAGAGUCCCCAGAGACACUGAAUUUUCCUCAUAGGGAUGCAUUGAUUUAAUGCGUCUCUAUGAUGAGGUGCUGAUUGGCCGAAACUGCAUUUCCCCCCCCCCCUUCCCCUUGCAUCCCCCCCUCUCCCCCCUUCCCCUUGCAGUUUUUAGCCAAUCCAAUACUUUCCCUGUGGGAAAGCAUUGGAUUGGCUAAAAAUCUGCCAUUUUGAUGUCACCAAGGGGGCGGUACAGUGCCUGCGGAUUCAUGGAGAGCUGAAAAGGUGAAUUUUAACCCAUUCUGAGGGGACUAAGGGGGUCAAACCACCAAAAUGGUGGGUUUUCACAAUAGGGUGUUUGUGUUCCUGACCCUAUAGUGAUCCUUUAAGGUAGAAUAGAAAAUAUUGAAAGUGUUUUGUGUGUUAAUUUAAUUUUUUUUAUUUCUUAUUUUACCUGAUUUUAGAUUAAACAUUUUAAGCUAAUAUGUAUGUGCAUUCUGACCUAAGUAAAUGUUAAUGUUUAAACUAUACAUUUCAAAACUUCAAUAAAAAUGUGAGAAAAAAACACAUUGUAGCAAACUGAACACAUUAUUGCAAAAUGUAAGCUUUAAAUUACUAAUUAAUCAUGUAGAACGGGCAGGUUUUGCAUGUUGUCCAACAUACGCACCAUCCCCUGCUUUUGCAAGGGGCCUUCCAGUGACACAGAUGGGCUUUAAUCCAUAUAUGAUUGUAGUGCUGAAGUAGCAGAAUUCAAGUGAAGGGACUGGCCAACAUUUGUAGACCUGUAAUUUUUAUGUAGUUACAUGCAGUAGAUGAGACUAAUUUGGCUAGAAUCUAAAGUGAUCCAUCGUGAACGAUCGGUUGGUUUAAAGCAGGCUUCCCCAAACUCCAGCUCUCCAGAUGUUGCUGAACUACAACUCCCAUGAUUUUCAGCCUAUCUAUUUCAUUCAAAGAAUCAUGGGAGUUGUAGUUCAGCAACAUCUGGAGGGCCGGAGUUUGGGGAAGCGUGCUUUAAAGGAUCACUAUAGGGUCAGGAACACAAACAUGUAUUCCUGACCCUAUAGUGCUACACCCACUAUUUAAGUGGCUUUCCCCCAACUCCCCCUAUAAAAGUUUUAAACUCCACUUAUUUCCAACGCCGCGCGGUUGCGCCAACUCUGCCCCUUUGUGACCUCAUCAAAAUGGGCGAUUUUAACCAAUCCAAUGCUGUCCCAUAGGCUAAAAUCGGCAAGGGGGCUGGGCCAAAUGCCAUUUUGGCCAAUCAGGACCUCCUCAUAGAGAUUCAUUGAAUCAAUGUAUCUCAAUGAGGAAAAUUCAGUGUCUCCAUGCCUACUGUGCAGCACUGAGCCAGGAAGCCCCACCAGUGGUCAUCUGAGGAGUGGCCUCUUGGAGGCAUCCAUAGGGGCAAUGUAAACACUCUGCCUUUUCUUUUAAAAUACAGUGUUUACAUGAAAAUGCCUGUAGGGAGCUAUUAUACUCUAAGCUGUAGUUGUCAUGGUGACUAUAGUGUCCCUUUAAUCUCUUGGUUUGCAACUUUCAUCCGGUUUAAUAAUCUGCUGGGUUUUUUUAUUGCAAGAGGUCAUUGGUCCUCUUGCAAUGACAUUUUCUGUUCCCACAGCAGACUAUGACAAUUCCUUUUUAUACUAUAAUUGAGGAUUAAACAUUAGUAGCUGAGCGUUUAUUGUGCACUAUAUAAAAUGUACUUUUUCAGGAGAGGCAUGUUCACAUCUGCCAUGAAGUAAAAUAUAGCGUACAAUCUUUUCACAACUGGUUAAAAGCAGAUUCCAAGGGUACCAAAUUUUGUUUAAAAAAAACACAGAUCAUAAUCACUGAUGGCAAAUGGCCUUAUCUACUAGAAAGAACUGUCAUUCUCUUGUCAUGUUUUUUUAAAGUUCUUGUAAGUCAUAACGAACAUACCUCACGUAAGUCUGCCUCUGAGUAAAGUAAUUUUUUUGGGCAAGUCUACAAUAAGCCAUGGUAGCGGCAUGCUUACUUACUGUAUUUUGUAAAAAAAAUCUCAUCGUAUAUUUUAUAUAAAAGACACUUUAAAAUCUUUAGAGCUGUGUUUUAUAGCUUGUGGUACCUUUUCUAUUUAUGUAUUUGUGUGUGUAGUGUUGUGUGUCUUUAUCUGUGCAUGUUAUUCUGGUGUAAACUCUGUUAAUGGAUGAGAUUUGUUCUGAUGGUUUUAUGUCUUUUCAGUACAUAAAACAAUGUCUGCUCCGGGGUUGCACACCCCACCUCACUCUAGUCUCUGUGACCUCCAUCUUGCCUGACCAACAGGCGUCGUCCACUACUUUGAGCUCCAAAUCGCGCCACAAACCCCCACCUCUGCCAAGUAAAAAGGUAAGAGAUUAAUGGCACUUGGCCUUGCAGAGCCCAAUCAUCGUAAACCCCAACAUUGUCCUCCCUUUAUGAGCUGUCUGUCACUCGCCCUUCAUAAACCUCAACGCUGCCCAGCCUAGAGAUUGAUUUGAUUUAUAAACUUCAAAUUAAGCGCAAAUAUCUCUCCUUCAGGUAAAAUUGUUUUUAAUUAUUUUCUUGUUUAGCAGCUUCACUCGUCACUGUGGAAACUAGACAGCCCCUUUUACAUCAACCUCCUUCACGCAAGCAAUAUAAAUGCAGAGGAAGGAUUGAAGGUUUGUACGUCUGUUUGGUUUUACUAACUGGAUGUGUUUAUCUGCUUCAGCGGAGGAUCUGUGAUCAUGGGGUAAAACUGAGAUUGCCUGACUGAUUUUAAAUGUUGGUGGAUGGAUGAUGCAGAAGUCAAAUUUCAAUAUUUGUGCCGCUAUAGAGUGGCUGCCAGUUGUUGUGAAGAUCCCAAAUCUUUAGUAAAACCUUUCCAGUACUGCUUGGGGAGAAAGGGGGGAAUACUAGGGGAUCACACCCAGAGAGUCAUAGGACCAGAACCACUUCCGCUCAGAACCACCAGUGUAAGACUAGGAGACCACGCCCAUAGAUUCAUAGGACCAGAACCACUUCUGCUCAGAACCACCAGUGUAAGACUAGGAGACCACGCCCAUAGAUUCAUAGGACCAGAACCACUUCUGCUCAGAACCACCAGUGUAAGACUAGGAGACCACGCCCAUAGAUUCAUAGGACCAGAACCACUUCUGCUCAGAACCACCAGUGUAAGACUAGGAGACCACGCCCAUAGAUUCAUAGGACCAGAACCACUUCUGCUCAGAACCACCAGUGUAAGACUAGGAGACCACGCCCAUAGAUUCAUAGGACCAGAACCACUUCUGCUCAGAACCACCAGUGUAAGACUAGGAGACCACGCCCAUAGAUUCAUAGGACCAGAACCACUUCUGCUCAGAACCACCAGUGUAAGACUAGGAGACCACGCCCAUAGAUUCAUAGGACCAGAACCACUUCUGCUCAGAACCACCAGUGUAAGACUAGGAGACCACGCCCAUAGAUUCAUAGGACCAGAACCACUUCUGCUCAGAACCACCAGUGUAAGACUAGGAGACCACGCCCAUAGAUUCAUAGGACCAGAACCACUUCUGCUCAGAACCACCAGUGUAAGACUAGGAGACCACGCCCAUAGAUUCAUAGGACCAGAACCACUUCUGCUCAGAACCACCAGUGUAAGACUAGGAGACCACGCCCAUAGAUUCAUAGGACCAGAACCACUUCUGCUCAGAACCACCAGUGUAAGACUAGGAGACCACGCCCAUAGAUUCAUAGGACCAGAACCACUUCUGCUCAGAACCACCAAUGUAAGACUAGGAGACCACGCCCAUAGAUUCAUAGGACCAGAACCACUUCUGCUCAGAACCACCAGUGUAAGACUAGGAGACCACGCUCAUAGAUUCAUAGGACCAGAACCACUUCUGCUCAGAACCACCAGUGUAAGACUAGGAGACUACGCCCAUAGAUUCAUAGGACCAGAACCACUUCUGCUCAGAACCACCAGUGUAAGACUAGGAGACCACUCCCAUAGAUUCAUAGGACCAAUACUAGUAUAAACGCUUCCUUCAUAUGUCAUUUUUCACAAUGUUUUUCUACUGGCUUAGAAUUUACUGAGAUAAUAGUCUUGCAUGCAGUGCUUUGCAUUUUGGCUGCAGUUCUGUCCAUUUUUUUUGCUUACUGACUGCUCUCUAUUGCCUAGAGCUCCAAUGGCAAUCUAGGAUUAGCUGUGACAGGUGUUGGAUACAUUGUAGCUUGAGCAGAGCUACCUGGGGGUAGCUGCAAAUGCCGGAGGAACUUUGUGCAUUUAGUUAUUUAUUUUCUGUUUAAAUCCUUAUAUAGUACAUAAAAACAUGUGCUGUGGACCAGUUUUAGACUGUAAUAUCCCUUUUUAGUUGUGGGAAUAAUUGACAAUAUUUUUUCUUUUCUUCAUGUGAUCUGUCAUCCUGGCAUGGACGGUUUUCGGUGCACCCCUAAUUCACUAUUCUGCUUUCUCUCUUAGCUGGUGGUCCAGAGUGGUCUUUACCAUGGCAACGAACUCCUGUGCAAGACUGUGGAAAGCACGGAGGUACAAGCGUCCUCCGAUCCGGUUUGGCAGCAAAAGCUGGAGUUUGACAUCUCGAUGUCCGAUCUUCCCCGCAUGACGAGGCUCAGUCUGGUUCUCUAUGCCGUUGAAAAGUCAAAAAGGGUCCGAUCGACCAGGAGAAAACCCAAAAAAGGAGUGAGUAUUUUCAGGUUUCCUCUAGUAAGUAAGACCCAUAGCAUCUUUUGCAAGCAAGGGACUUCCAUUUACUAAUUUUUUACUUUUUCUUUUCCUCUCCCCAUCCUCCUUGUGGAUAGGAUUACCCCAUCGCCUGGGUGAACAUCAUGGUUUUUGAUUACAAGGACAUGCUGAAGUCUGGGGAAUACUCUCUGUGCAUGUGGUCCUCCUUUCCAGGUAAUAUCCCAGACAGACUAGUCCAUUUAGAGAAAACUGAACGUACUGUAAUGCAACUCCCAUCACCUGCAGUCACCGACAAUCUGUUGGGGAGUGAGGAGAGUAGCAGUCUAGCCACUUCCUGAGAAUGCAGGUUGCCCAGCGUGUUUUAGAAUAUAGAAAGUCGUGACCUCUGUUAUAACUAGAUUCCAUUUAGGCCGUAAGAUGCUCUAUAUCCUUGUCGUCCGCAUGGGAAUCUGCCACUUGAGUGCAACCUAUAUCUGUGACACAAUAUAAGAUGUAGCACUACUUCUAUUGAGGAAAAGCUGAAGCCCCCUUUUGUGUGGAUUUUUGUUUUCUGUAUAUUGGAUAAAGGCUGUUGAAGAGGAGCCAUAAAUGGUUUGCUGCCACCAUCCAUGCAACCCAUGUUGGCAAGUUAUGUGUAUAUUGUUACAAUACUUCUAAGCAUUAUUUGGUUAUAUACAAAGUAUCACCUGCCAGGAACAUCUCCGUGGGCCCUUAAGGUGUACUAAAUGUCAAUCUCCUUCAAAAACACAUCCAUUCGCAUUCAAUGUUCUUAUGGCAGGUUUGAGGGCAGACGGCUAUACUCCACAAACAUUUCUUUAUCAUGUUAAAUGCAAAGGCAGCCAGUCUUGUUUAACACACAUUCUGUGACUACAGCAAAGCAAACCUUUUAAAAGUACCAGUCGCUGCGAGAGCCCUAUCUCUUCUGGUGGGCGUAUUAACUUCUAACAGAAUAUAAUGGGAAAAGAUCGAAGUCUGAACGAAUUUCCAGAACAGAACUGUCCCAUAGCUACCCCUAAGCAACAUGAGCCUAGGGAUUUUAAAUAUUAAGAUUUAAGGAGUUUUUCACUAAACCUAUUGUGCUGAGUGGCAAAAUGUGCAAUUUUGAAAUAAAUGGUUCAAUUCUGCUAUAAUCACAGCGUGGCUGUUUCAGUUCACUACUAUUCAGUAAAUAACCCUCAGUGUUUUUGUUUUUACAUAACGUGUUUGUGUGUUUGUGUGUGUGUGUGUUCUGUGCUGAUUUCCUGCUCUUGAGAUCCUUUUUGCUCUGUUUGUGGUAGUCCACAAAACCAAUGCUUCUAUAGAAGUGAACGCUCAAACAAUUACUCAGAAAAGCCACUACUGAAAACAAAGCAAAGCCUUUCGUACUCUGCUUAUGUGUCUGAUAUUUGUGUCACACAGGACUGAGUGUGGUGCCGUUCUAAUUGAUUCCUAGAGUGUUACAUACCCUGUGCAUUUAGAAGUAGAGUACUUUUAUAGACCGUAGUUAUCACACUAUGGCAAACAGGACCUUUCCUGCACGUGUGGGAUCUGUGGGGAUCAGAUUGUGAUGAUGAAUUUGAAUGAUAUUUCUAUUUAAGUGACUAAUAGGACUGCUAUAGAAUUGUCAUUUGAAUUUUGAUUUCUCUUUAUUUAUUGCUAAAGUCUUCCUUAUUUUCCAGAUGAGAAGGGGGAGUUGCUGAACCCAAUGGGCACUGUACAGGGUAACCCCAACACGGAGAGUGCAGCCACCCUGAGUAUCAGUUUUCCUUUGUACGACUAUUCAGUCUUUUACCCGUCUAUUGAGAAGGUAAAUUGUUAGACACUGCAACCGUACAUCACGACAAAUUAAAGUUCAAAGAAUAUUCCCAUAUUUUAUUUUUACUUUAUAAACCUUUCAAAUUCAAGGAAGAAUUUUUUUAUUUUUUUAUUACAUGUAUUCUCUUUAAUGACCUCAAUGGCAAAAACCCCUCCAAAUGCAGAACUGUUGAAGGACGGAUGUGAUGGUUCUUUAGAAGAUUUUAUCGAUCUACAAGUUAGACAUAUUGAUGAUUUUAUCUUUGUAACAUUCCAUGGACAAUUUGUGUGUAAUCCUCUCUAGACUGUAGGACAUACAUGAGAUCUGGUGAAAUGUCACUGGUUACUAUCCAGCCUAAAUAAUUUAUUUUUACCAAUAUAACGAAUAUUAAACUAAAGAUCAAUGGUUGGUAUAUGCAAUAAAAGCAUAGUAACAGACAAGAAAAUUUUAUACACCAUUGUGUAGCAAGGAAAAAUUAACCCCAUAUGAGAAACAAAUGUAAGGCUCACUACAUAGAUUGCAUAAUCUAUAAUAUAGAGAUAUACAGGUUUUUUUUGUUUUUUUUUAUCUGCUAUUCUCCCCCCACCCCCUUCCAGACAUGGGACAUGGCCAUGGUGGCAGAUUCCCAUUCCCAAAAUCUUUUUUUUUCUUUUUUUUUUGUUCCGUUCAGUAAAAGGGUGGGCAGGGGGGGUUUAUGCAUUGUAUUUUGGCCAAUGUAUAUUUUUUCCAACAGUAAGUCUACACUGUGUGUAAUAAACCGUGAUGUUAUUAAUUUUCCUUUUAUUUUAUUUUUUAAUGUAUUUCUGCUUUACAGAUCCUGGAUCUGGGGGCACGGUGCAAUGAGGUUACAUAUCCAACCACUGAGGAGGUAAUUUUUUAUAACACAGCCUGGAGAAUUAACACAGACUUUUGCAAUUCCAACACAAUCCAAAGAUUCAAUUAAACAAAGUAGGGACAUCGUUGUCUUGGGGACAAAUUUGAGGUUGACAAAAGGAGUUCUGGCAUCACCUUUGUCCAAUCCCAGCUGCCAUCACAGGCGACAGCUCUGAGAUACAGACCUUCUUCCUUCAAGCCGGCUGUAGUGGUUAGGAUGCAAGGAGUACCCUAGCACAGUUUGCCAGUAAUGCGGAAAACCGUUUAGCAAUAUUUUCCCCUCAUACCUGGGUCUGUUUCUGGCACCAAAGCUCCCUAAUGGUCCGGUGAUGUACUUCUGGCUUUUGCAGAGCCGCGGCCAUUGACAUUCACUGGCUGAGAGUCCGCUGACCCCUCUCAGCUAUUGAAUGCAAUGAAAGUUGCACAGAAUUGACAUUAGCCAGCCCAACACCCCAGUGAGGCUGCCAGAGUUGGUGUUGCUACUCCGCAGCGGUGGGGUUAUAGCGAAAUGCUGCACAGAGACUGCAGGCACCAUAGCCUCUUCAAAUCACUGUAGUGCUUACAAUAACUUGUUAAUGAACAUUCUCUUCUGUUAAGAUGACUUUGUGCAGGGAAUGCAUUGCUUUGGUGGAGCAAAUGCUAGCCUGUCUCUGUGCCCUGGUCCAUAUAUUAAUAUGAAGUGGAAUUUGCACGCAUUGCCCAGAAAAUUGAAUUAAUUGGAGUCUCUUACAAAAUGACAAACCGCAUGUUUCAUCCUUUUUUUUAAAUUUUUUUUUUUUUUCCUUCUUGCAAGCAGCAGAUACAGCUGCACGAGAUCUUAGAACGCAAAGGACAUUCUGAGUUAUACGAACACGAGAAAGAUCUGGUGUGGAAACUGCGUCAUGAGAUCAAAGAUCGUUACCCAGAAGCCCUCUCUAAAGUGCUGCUUGUCACCAAGUGGAACCGACACGACGAUGUGGCACAGGUUAGAUCUUUGUGGUACUGCUAAACUGUAACUUAUAUUUGUAUAUAUGGUUUUGUCAAUAAUAGAGUAUCCUUUAUAAUUUAUAGUGUGCUAUAUAGCUAAAAUGUCAACUUGUCCCUGCCAACUGAUCCAGCUAAUGGUCAGAACCAAUAUGUAUGACUCGCACAUUUUCUCUCUGUUCUGAGAAAUUAUAUCCUUUGUAGAUGAGGUCUCCCUUUAGCCACAGUAUUAACUCAUUUUUGUGAAUUUGCUCCCCCAAGACGUAAGUGUGGAUAUCCAAGCAAAAAAUACCAGCACAUACAUAAAAAAAUGUGUCCAUUUAUUCAGGUGCCCAAAGUGUAGGUUUCAUAUUUGUUUGUGGUUGGCUUGGCUACUUUAGUCAUGUGACCUGGAGUUAAUUAUGUAAGCCUCUUUCUAAUUUCCUGUAUAAGGAUAUCUAUUGAUCACAAUGUGUAUUGUAUUGGCUUGAUAAAGACCCUGUAUAAAUGGAUACUCAUUUUUAAGGAUGUUCUGGAAUUUCUUGCUAUACUACUUAAGACUAUAUACUGAUUUGGGAGGAAGCGGAUUCCCUGCACCCUUGUAUGAGUGGUAGCAGCUGUUCCAAUUCUGUAUUGUGAGUGAUUGUGGGUUUCGUGAAAAUGUUCAAUCAUGUCAUCACUGCACUUUACAUGAACAAAAUGAAAAAAAAAAAAAUGGUUCACACAGUUAUUCCAUGUUGGGCACCCCGACCUCUUCUUGUGUCUCCAACAGAUGCUGUAUUUAUUGCAAAACUGGCCUGAGCUUCCUGUUCUCAUAGCCCUAGAACUUUUAGACUUUAACUUUCCUGAUCGCUACGUGGGUACUUUCACCAUCAACUGCCUGAAGAAACUCACGUGAGUAUUUAUUUGUUUGUGUGGGAUGGGUGGCUGAUGUCUGCUGGUCAAGGGGGGACAACUAAUGCGCUCUGCUCAUAUGUCCUUUUCAGGAACGAGGAUUUGUGCCACUACCUCCUUCAGUUGGUGCAGGUUCUAAAGUACGAGUCUUAUUUAGACUGUGAAUUAACAAAGUUUCUUCUGGAAAGAUCCAUAAUCCACCGAAAGAUUGGACACUUCCUCUUUUGGCAUCUUCGGUAAAGUAGAAAACAACCAGAUCUGUGGAAAUUAUUUUGGUCAAAUUGGGACAGUCAAAGUUACAAUUUCACAUUUUUAGAAUGUAAAACUUUUAUUGUAAUUUUUGGAUAUGAAUCGGUUUUCCACAAGGCCAGAAAGGAGGGUUAAUCUUUUCUUACAUAGAACCGGUGUAGUUUGCGUUAAAAUGUAUUUCUCAUGAGACACGAUGACUGUUCCAAUUACUUGUCUAAUUACCAGAUUUUACUAUUAACAUGAUGUAAAGUCAUGAUUUUAUUAAUGACUUGGAGGCGAGUGUUAUGUGUUCUUUCUUUAUUUACUCCGAGCUUCAAGGAAGGAAGUAUCCGAGAAUCAUAGAAAAAACUUUCGAUAGCAUAGUAAUACUGACACCAAUCAGGAUCCAAUACUAUACAUAUGUGUGUAGUGCUCCUGGACUCAUCCUCUUUCUCAUUCAAACUCUCAAAACAAACACACAUCCGGAAAUUCAACGAGGAAAAACAACUUCAGCUGCCAACUCUUGAAGGUGUAUUCAAGCUAGAAGAGAAGAAAAUAUAUGGUAAUAUCGAAAGCUUGCGAUGCUUAGACCACUACUAUCAAACUAGUCAACCAUGUUAUUCAAUCGAUAUAAGUAUCAUAUAAGUUAUAUUUAUCGGGUGCACUACCUACCUGCGUGCCAUGCAUGACAUUUGUACUUACCAUGUCGUACCAGCCAAAAGGCCCAAUAAAUUACCUGUAAAUUAACCACCAACACGGGUAGUGUGGGUGGGAAUAAUACUCGCCUCCGUGUCAUUAAUAAAAUCGUGACUUUACGUCAUGUUAAUAGUAAAAUCUGGUAAUUUUAUUAUAGACACGGAGGCUCCUAUUAUGCUAUUUUAAAGCUGAGCAACCAUCAUACUGGAAAUGCGUUGCACCGGGCGAAAAUAUAAAUUACGAAAUGUAGAUUCAAUCGACCUAUCAGCCGCUCGUAGGAUGUCUUCUAAUCUACAACCUAUCGUGGAAACCAUAGCCCCACAAAUGGAGUGGGAAAAAAAAAAUCGAAUUGUCUAUGCCUGCAACGCCCAAUAACCACUUGAUCCAACGAGCUAAAGUAGGAGUAGAUGCGGCACUCGAAAGAAGAUGAAUAAUGGAUGGAGUUGAUUUGAACAGAGCGAGAUCGUACGGCGUUCGUAUUCCUUAAGACCUACUGGGCACAGGUUUGGGUUGUCUGGAAAUGACUGGUAAAAUAAACCUCCUUAGUCGAGGGUUUCGUCCUAUGUGAAAGAUUAAAGGAUACUCCGUUCAGAACAAAAACGCGUGCUUGCUAGUCCAAUGCUCUGACAUCAGCAACACGUUUACAUAAACGUAAACAAAACAGCAUCAACAGCUUGACCGAUAAUUGUUUAAGAGAAAGUUUGUGAUUCAAGGACCAAGACUCGAGAAAAUAAAAAAAUUAAAUUAACAUCCCAAAAAAAUAUCGAGCUGAGGGGGUCGAGAAAAACUGAUGAAUUUAAGCAAACAGAUGAGGUCAUGUUUACCUAUUGGAGUACCAUCCAAACCAAUAUGUCUUGCAGAUAUAGCUGAUCUGUACAGGUUUAUAGUACAAAAAGCUUUUCCCUCUUCGAAGAGCGGAGUCAGAAAGUCACUUUCUCCAAGCCAACCUGUAGGAACAUCUGGUGCCCAAGCCUCUGCCAGGAGAUUGAGUGUCUGCAAAACAUUCUCGAGAUUCCAUGAUCUCCUGAAAUGAGCCAUGGCAUCAGAUGAAGUAGACCCUGGUCUAUCAACUCGUGAUGAACUCCCUCUGGAUUGGUCAGAAGGUAGGACAUGUCCGGCAAUAUACGUGGAAAGUCUAUCGACAUUUCCAAUAAUUGUGGGAAGCAAGGUUGCGACCUCCAUAUCGGACUUUAGAAUCAGGGUCCCUUUGGAGUAUCGAAGGAAUGCGAGGGUCCGAGAGAUGAAGUUGAAAGGUGGAAACGCGUGAUUCCUCCCCUUGGUCCAGUCUUGUUAGAAUGCAUCUGUCGCCAGAGCAUCUGAGUCCGGUCUCUAACUGAAAAACCGAGGGAGUUGGGCAUUCAGCUGAAAUGCGAAGAGAUCUAUGUGGAGAAGCCUCCAAAGUCGAGAGAGACAUUGGAAAAUUGUUGGGCGGAGGUGCCAAUCCCCUAAAUCUCGAAGGUAUUGAUUUCCAAUCCGCCGUUGCAUUGUCUCGUCCUGGGAUAUAUGCUGUGCUUCAGACAAUGCCAAAAAUCUCAAGCCAUUACUGCUGUAACUUUCGAUUUUAAUUACUCCUAGUUGGUUGAUAUAAUGUACCGCUGAGACGUUGUCCAUCUUGAUUAGGAUAGAGCAUGAGAUGCCUGAGGGAGUCAUGCUGCGAAUGGCAAAGGAUGCCGCUAGCAGUUCUAGACAGUUGAUGUGUAGCAACGUUUCUUCGUAGGACCAUCUGCCACCAAUGGAACCUGUCCCGCAAUGUGCACCCCAGCAGUGUAAGCUGGUGUAGACCCAAAUAUUGCCCGUCAGUUCCACGCCUCCAUGUGGGCUAGCAAGCAUGUCAUCUCCUCUCUGGAGUCCUCGUCCAGUGUAACACAGGUUUCGUAAGAGUGUCCGGAACACAGAUACGAAGCUUUGUGGCAUUGUAGGGCAUGAUAAUGUAACGGGCCCAGGAAGAUAGCUUGUAUGGACGAUGCCAAUAGUCCUAUGAUCCUCGCAAGUUGUCUGAGGGAAAUGGUCAUACGAUGCAUAAGUCAUCUGAACUCUUUCUUGAUUGAAAUCCUUUUGUCUUUGGGUAGACACAACCUCUGUUGUACAGAGUCCACCUGAAAUCCCAGAAAUUCUAUGCAUUGGGAGGGUAGAAGGACUGAUUUCUCCCAAUUCACCAAGAAUCCUAAGUUUUGGAGGAGGUGGGUCGUCAAAGACAGGUGAACACUUAGUUGGGAUAGAGACUGAGGAAGAAGAAGAAGUAUAUCAUCCAGGUAAACGAUUAAUCUGAUGCCUUUUGUGCAUAGGAAGGCAAUCACCAGCUUCAGUACCUCUUGUGAGGCACCAUGGGGCAGAGGACAGGCCAAAUGGUAGACCUACAAAUCUCUACUUUGUUCCUCACCACUGAAACUGCAGUAGGUUUUGAUGUGCUUCCGCGACAGAGAUUGUCCGAUAAGCAUCCCGUUAGACCAUCCAAUCUGAUGGUAGCAGGAUGUCCCGAAGGCAAUGUAUACCCUCAAUUUUGAAGUGGUGGUACUAUAUAAAAGCAUUUAGGGGUCAGAGACUGAUUAUUGGGUUGAAACUGGUUGCUUACAAACACUUCUGUGUCCCACGGAAUUUGUCGAAUAGCGUGUUUUGAUGCCAAAUCUGCGAUCUCUGCCAAGAUAAGUGUGGUGUUCAUCGGGCAUGUUCAGCUCUCGAGGGAACUGCACCUGAAUAAGGUGAGAGACUAGCUCCAACUGAUACCCCUUUAUCGUAUUCCAUACCCAAACAUCUGAGGUUAGGAGUUUCCAAGCAUGAUAAAACAGUGCCAAUCUGCCCCCCACUUUUACAUGGGGAAAAACAGAGCUAAUCGGUACUCACCAUAAGGCUGAGACUGACGUCUGCGGCCGUUACAGGGGUGUCCACGAGAUGGGAAGAACUGGGUAUAAUUUCGUUCCAGCACCAGUCUCUGGGUAUUAAAGGAACCUCUGCCGGCUCUGAAUGAGCCCCGAAAACCACGGCCGGAUAGACUGCUCCUACCUUUACCGGCCCCUUCAAAAAAAAAAAACAGAUCCUUAAUAAAGGAUUUGCCAAAGAGUAAGAAUUUUGCAGCUGGCCCAGCUCAUUGGAUGCCAUACUGACCAGUUUGGGCUCAAUUUUCAGAAGUAUCGCUUUGCGACGUUCGGUUGACAUAGCUGUAUUGGCAUUACCCACCAUGCAGACAAACCUCUGCAACCAACCUUUUGUUACGUCAAAGUCGCUCUCACCUGAUUGGGCGGAUUCCACCAGUAAAUAGAGCAUCGAGAUGGGCCUCAGGGUGUCCAGGAACUUGUCCUGGCAGUUCCGAAGGGAAAAGCCUAGGCCUUUCCUUGAUUUCCAACCUGACCUAUUCAAGAAUUUGACCGACUGAGGGUCCAAGUCAGGGGUUUUCCCCACUGAGUCUGGAAGGAUUGGCCGCGGGCAUUCUACCCGUAGCUUGCUACGCCCCUCCUUGGACAAAGGUUUCCGCACUCUUAGCGCGAGGUAUCUUGCGAUGUUCUCAGGAGGCUCCCAUUCCGCUGAGCAAGGGUGACGCAGGUCAUCUGGGUAAAACCGGUUACUCUAGGGUACUGAAGACCGCUGCUCUUGCCCAUACCAGUAGGCUCAGAGCCCUGAGCCGUAACCUUCCUGGUCGCAUUGAUUGGUUUCACAUCAGACCCAGAAUUGGAAUUGUUCUCAUAAUAUUGAUCCAUAUAUGGAUCAUCAUAUUCUUUAUCAUCAUAUCCUUCAAACUCUGGUCCAAAUCUGACAAGUCCUCGUGGUCACGUGUCUGCUUCCAUGAUCAGCCCGUCCAGGGGCUCUUUUGCGUGGUGGUAUCGCACCCGUCUCGACAGCAUGAGGCAUGUCAUUCAAUACAGGCCGAACCUGAAGUUCUGGAGGGGAAAUAGUAUGUCUGCUUUUAACCAAAGCUUUGUGGCCUGGUUGUGCCACAUUAGUGGUUCCCGUAUUUUGUGUGUUCUGAGGGCCACUACCCGGAGUCUGCGGCAACGCUUGGGUUAUUGUGUGUGAUAGAGGGCGACAUUACCCCCAUCGCGGAGUCCAAAGCCUUGUUGAUGGAUUGCGCCAUGGUAGAAACAAGGAAGGAUUGAAAUUCCUCCGAUUUAACAUGAGGCUGGCGUCAUCCUUACUACCCCUGCCUGAAGGGGAAACCCCCGGUGUGGGACACACUGAACCGCAGGUCUCUGUUUGAUCCUACAUCGUAGCAUUUCAAUCACUAUCUGCCCACAGGGAAAGAUACUUUCAAUCACAAUCUGGGUCGAAUUACUAGGCCCAAUAAACCAAUGCUGCUAGCAGAUAGCUGAAGGGUUAAAUAACAGUACCCAUAGUGUUAAGGAAAAAAAUCCUUGCUAAAAGGACAAAAAGGUGUCCGGAUUGAGUAAUCCUCCACACCAACACUCACAUUUGAACAGCAAUAAUACACAGUAUGGUUCUGGGAGUGCGCCAGGAGGGUAGGAGAAGCAGUUAUCCACCUUUGACAAUGAUCCACUGACAUUCCCACCGAAAAACUCAAAUCAAAAUGGCCGCCGUGAGUGACGUAUACACUCGCGGCGACCAACCAAAAAGAUGGCCGGCGCGAACUGUGCAUGCGCGACAGGUCAAAAUGGAAAACUGUCCAGCUGUGGGUCUGACCAUGCAGGGAAGGGAAUAAGUGGGGAAAAAUAAAAAGAAGCCAAUAUGUGAGCGCUAAAAAUCCCAUACAGAUGAUAUGGCAGCGUUUACAAAAUACAAUACACAAAAAUGUGAAAAGCAGAACAAUAAUUACCACAAAAACGCGCUAAAUAAAUCUGUAAAUAUAAAGAAAAACAAAUAAUGGUGCAGACCAUCUGGCAAUGGUAAUAUGGAAGGAAGAGUUAUAGGAAAUAAACUCACAUGUCCCAGAGCCCUAUCACCCCUGGCUCUGGGUUUGUAAGGCUUCUUGGAAGAGGGGAUAUCCCCACACUGCAGAAUGAUCCAAAGGAUAUAUCCACUGGUGAUUCCGUUAAACUGUGUGUAAAAGAGAAGGGCAGGACCUCCAAUUGAAUAAUAUCACAAUUCGAUUUAUUGUUUAAAAAAAGUAAAAACCCUUACUUUGAAUGUGGUGGGUAUAAACUCGCAGAGUCACCCACAUAAAAGCAUAAAACAGAUAUACACGAAAAACGCUUCCUGGUUGUAGUCCGGUCACGUGAUCGCUUCCGGGUCCGCCCUCCAAUGACGUCUGUGUGAAGCGUUUCGCCCGCCUCCACAGGCUUCCUCCGACGACGUCAGGGGGUUCCAGUCAUCCUUUUAAGUUCAUAGUGCCGCCCUCCUCUCAUUCCAUUGGCCGGGGGGCGUGGUUUCGCACAAUCUUUUUUUUUUUUCUCAAUCAUUAUUCAUCAAACAUUCAACUGCACAUAUGUGGAUUGCAUUCCACUGCGAUAGACUUAACCCCUUAUAACAACCAAACCACACUUAGGGGCAGAUUGAUUAUAUUCUAACACACACUAAAAACUCCAGAGAUAGGGAUGGAGUGUUUUUAAAAUAAGUAUUUGCAUUGUCUGUUCUAGAUGAUAUUAUAUGUACAAAUGCCAUCCUUUUUGGAACUAAUUUUAUGUAAGGUCCUGUUUCAUGUCUAAAGAUAUAGUUUAAUGAGGUUAGAAAAUCCCAUUAGGAUUACCAUGCCGAAUAGUCUGGAUAUGUCUCAUAUAUACAUUUGAAAUAUAAGUUGCUUAGAGUAGUAACUAUGAUGAAUAGCACUCUGGAGUUUUUAGUGUGUGUUAGAAUAUAAUCAAUCUGCCCCUAAGUGUGGUUUGGUUGUUAUAAGGGGUUAAGUCUAUCGCAGUGGAAUGCAAUCCACAUAUGUGCAGUUGAAUGUUUGAUGAAUAAUGAUUGAGAAAAAAAAAAAAGAUUGUGCGAAACCACGCCCCCCGGCCAAUGGAAUGAGAGGAGGGCGGCACUAUGAACUUAAAAGGAUGACUGGAACCCCCUGACGUCGUCGGAGGAAGCCUGUGGAGGCGGGCGAAACGCUUCACACAGACGUCAUUGGAGGGCGGACCCGGAAGCGAUCACGUGACCGGACUACAACCAGGAAGCGUUUUUCGUGUAUAUCUGUUUUAUGCUUUUAUGUGGGUGACUCUGCGAGUUUAUACCCACCACAUUCAAAGUAAGGGUUUUUACUUUUUUUAAACAAUAAAUCGAAUUGUGAUAUUAUUCAAUUGGAGGUCCUGCCCUUCUCUUUUACACACAGUUUAACGGAAUCACCAGUGGAUAUAUCCUUUGGAUCAUUCUGCAGUGUGGGGAUAUCCCCUCUUCCAAGAAGCCUUACAAACCCAGAGCCAGGGGUGAUAGGGCUCUGGGACAUGUGAGUUUAUUUCCUAAGUGGGGAAAAAUACCCAGAAGUAUGGGGCAGGAGUGAAAAGGGUCCCAUAGACACUAAUAGGCAGCACUCCCAGACACCAGCAGGACUUUAUAAACCGCAGUAAUUAGUGAGCAAUAAAACAUUACUCCAUACAUAAAUCUACACAAAGAAAUACACACACACACACACACACACACACGUGUGUGUAUCUAUAUCCCUCUAUCACUCAAGGAUUAGCAAGAGAUGGAGUACUUAACGGGUCUGAGGGAGCAGCAAGAAAGAGGUGUCAAGGAGCACCCCACCCAUAUGGACCGUAUUGGAUCCUGAUUGGUGCCAGUGUUACUAUGCUAUCGUUAUGUUUUGGUUUUUUUUUUCUAUGAUUCUCUCAUACUUCCUUGCUGCUGGGAGUAAAUAAAUAAAGAGAAAGCAUAAUACUCGCCCCCAUGUCCAGUAAUAAAAUUGCAUUUUAUGGUGUAGCACAGAUCAGGGCUGCAUGAAAGACAUUAGAAAGAGUCUGGGGCAUUUUCUUUGUCUUAAUACCUUUCUAUGUCCGAGGAACAAUGUAAAAGCUAGCCACAUGUGUUAAAACAGCAUUCUGACCUUGUCUCUGGGAUGGUUCCAUUCACUGAAGGUUUUUUCCAAAUGUUUAUGGCCUUUAUUUGUUCCUCCAGGUCAGAGAUGCAUGUUCCUGCUGUGUCUGUGCGCUUCGGACUCAUUCUUGAGGCCUAUUGCCGGGGCAGUAAUUACCACAUGAAGGUGCUUAUGAAGCAGGUAAGAAAUUCAGGUUACUUCUUUUGUCUUUGAAGAACUUUUUAUACUGGUUGUGUGUAGAAUGAAGUCAUUUUUCUGCUUUUUAUUGCUGUGAUGGGCUGUUUGAGGUACCGCUAGGUAAGGGCCAUACACUGCCAAAUUAUGUUAGAACUGAACACUUUAUGCUUUGCUCCACAGUUGGUUCCUGUGCAAUAGAUGGGCAAAUAUUGUACAAAAAAAGCGUUUUUGGUUUACUUUUUUGGUUUAUUUUUUUAUGAAGCGCUGUUCUAAAAGUAGAGCAAUUAGUAGGAAUAGUCCAUUGUAACAGCUCCACAUUUACCAGUUUAUAACAAUUCUGUGGGAAUUUUGAAACCGUCUUUUAAAGGUCCUCUCUCUCACCUUCCGCAUGAUUAAAACAAAUAUGUAUAUAAAUCAAACCUGUUUACGUUUGUAUCAAAAACUGUCUAGAUCUUCUGAAUCCAUGUGACCAAUCAGGUUUUCUUGGCUGAUGAUGGGUUUGUUCUGUACUUGUCUCCAUGAGCAAUGGCUCUUCAUCGGCUGUGUUCAAACCAUGCACUAUCUGACGGUUACUCAGAAGGGGCUUGAUAUUAAGAUCAGAACAUGCUUUCUUAUCCCAAAACCUUGUGCUUUCAUAGGGGGAGGCUCUGACCAAAUUAAAGGGUCUGAAUGAUUUUGUGAGGUCCAGCGUACAAAAGACCGGGAAACCAAUGGCAAAGGAAGCCAUGCAUGCGUGUCUAAAGCAGGAGAGCUACAGGGAUGCCCUGUCACACAUCUACUCUCCACUGGACCCCAACCUGAUCUUAACAGAUGUGUGGUAAGUACAGAGCCUGUACGGAAAUGAGGUGUUUUUUAUUUUUUUGCAAGUAUUUAUCCAUUUUCUGUUUAAAUAUCUGUAUGGCCUCUGAGAAAACCACCUCUUCAGGCAGAUAAUUCCACAUCCUGAUAGUUCCUACUGUUUUCUUUCUGUAUCAUUAAGAAUGGGAUUACAUGUCUAGUAGAUAAAGGAAGUAAUAUUAAUCAUGACGGGAAGAUAUUGUUUGUAUAUUGACCCUCUUCAGUCUGGCUUCCGCCCUCUCCACUCUACUGAGACUGCUCUUAUCAAACUUACUAAUUACCUAAUCGCAGCUUAAUCCAAAGGCCGCUACGCCAUACUAGUAAUUCUUGACCUCUCUGCUGCCUUCAACACCGUUGAUCAGUCUCUCCUUCUUCAAACCUUUCAAUCACUGCCUCUCUUGGCAAACUUAUUGCCUCAUUUGGAUUCCACUACUACUUGUAAGCUGAUGACACCCAGAUACAUCUCUCCUCCCCAGACCUUUCCCCUGCCGUCCCGCAAUGUGUCACUGCUUGCCUUUCCUCCAUCUCUGACUGGAUGUCCUCCCACUUUCUAAAACUAAAUCUCUCUAAAACUGAACUCUUUGUAUUUCCUCUUAAUACCGAUCCUCUUCUUUGGCUCUCCCUUGAAGUGAGUGGUACCCACAUCAGUCACUCUUUGCAAGUGCACUGUCUUGGUGUCAUACUUGAUUCUAGCCUCACAUCCAGCAUGUUACCAAAUUUGUACAUUCCAUCUUAAAAACAUAGCCCGCAUCCGUCCCUUUCCUAUGCAAGAUGCUACUAAGGAGUUUGUCCAUGCUCUAGUAAUUUCCCGCAUGGAUUAUUGUAACCUUCUCCUGAUUGGUUUUCCCAAAAGCCAUAUUGCCCCGCUACAGUCUGUAAUGAAUGCUGCCGCCAGACUGAUUUUUUUUUUUUUUCUCUCUAGUCGGUCCUCUCUCACCUCAUCCCUGUCAGUCCUUACCUUGGCUUCCUGUAUCCUAUAGGAGACAAUUCAUAGUGCUAACCCAUACCUAUAAGGCACUGAACAAUUCUAGCCCCUCUUAGAUCUCUUCUCAGAUCCCUAGGUAUGCCCAUUCUCGCUCUCUCCGCUCUGCCCAUGACCUCCUGUCUGCUGCUCACACCCGGACGGCCAACUCUUCUUGCGGGUGGUUCCUUUCCUAUGGAAUAGCCUGCCUACCACCAUCAGACUCUUCCAUAGUCUUCAAUCAUUUAAUAAGUGCCUUAGAACCCAUCUCUUUAGGAAAGCUUAUGGCCUCCCAGACUAACCUCUACCUCACAUACCUGUCUCUUGCGCUCUCCUAAAGGGCAGUGCACUCUACUCUCUCCUCCAGCUCUGCCUCACUCCCACCUUAUUUGAUUGCCAUUUCCUGUCCUAAUGUGUUUUAUACCCCACCUCCUGUAGACUGUAAGCUCGUUUGAGCAGGGCCCUCUUCAACCUAUUGUGUAAGUUUUCUUGUAAUUGUCUUAUUUAUAGCUAAAUCCUCCCUCUUUUAAUAUUGUAAAGCGCUCCGGAAUCUGUUGGUGCAAUGUAAAUGGCGAUAAUAACAUAUUGUAAUUUGGCAUGAGUUAUAGGAUUUUGAAGGCUACCCAUAAAGCUUGCUAAGCAUAAUGGCAAAUGUAGUUCACAAAGAUCUUCAAUGUCAAGACUUUCCAUUAUUGAAUUAAAAGGGCUCAAAAGGCUGGAAAAGACCCACUUUUUUAUGUAUUGUGUGUAUAUAUAAUGUAUUUACAAAAAAGAUACUCCACACAUUGCGUCUUCAGCCGUGAGGGCGAAAGAUGGCGCUUUAAGAAAUGUUAAUUUCACAUCUUUCAUUAUAGACCAAUACAAAUAAUAGUUGAUGUUAAAAAGGCAUCCUAUAGGGUAGGGAUUGACCUACGGGGGGUUGGGGGUGGGGGGAGACACUAUGGGACUGGGGGGAGGGGUUAAGGAACACUAUGGGGGAGGUGGAGUUGGUGAGGAACUGGGGGGGGAGAGGAACAUUAAGGGAGGACACUAAGGUACAGGGGAGGGAAGGGAAAAGGAACACAGGGGUGGGGGGGGGGUAACCACUAAAAGAGAAUGGAGAGGAACAUUAAGGGGAAUGGGGGGGGAAUUCCUACCGCACAUUUACUCACAAACACACUGAAUCCACUACACACACACAUUCUUGAAAACCUAAAAAAAAAAUCUGGCUGGCAUAUGUACAGAAAAUGUACAGAAUAUCGGUAUCAGCUGUCGAAACCCUACUAUAGCGCAUGGACACGAAGAUUUUUAGGGUAACCCAAAGUCUGCCAGAGUUACACAGGCCCCCCCCACCAGUGCAUGCACAAGCGUGCCGGGAAUUCUCUGAAAGGUGGGUAUGCAAGAGGAGUGACAAUACUACUUUAAAUAAAACUGUUCCUUUCUUAAAAUAGAUACCUUGUCUGAUAAUAACAGAGAUAACAAACUGGCAGUUUUUUGAGACUUCUAUAACGUGUGCUCAGUUUUCUUCUCAAGGGCAGGAGUGUUGAAUUGUCAUUCGUUCCACAUGGUUCAUUUUGUGAAGUGUUUGGGUCCAUGGAGGCAAUCUUUAAUGUCUUAAAGUUGCAGAACAGAAUGCUGAAACUUCAUGAAGAGAUGUUUUCUUAAUAGUAAAACUCCGUAAUCCUGUCUUCCUCUGCAGCGUGGAGCUUUGUACUUACAUGGAGUCCAAGAUGAAACCCCUUUGGAUUGUUUAUAAUAAUGAGCAAUCUGGGGGUAAACGUGUUGGGAUCAUGUUUAAGAAUGGCGAUGGUAAGAUGGCCUCUUCGUAGAACGGGGUACAUGAUACAUUGUUGCGAUGUGCAGACAAUUUGACUCACAGCAUGUUUUCUGAUUGGUGCAGAUCUUCGUCAGGACAUGCUGACCUUACAGAUGAUUAAACUGAUGGAUAUUUUGUGGAAAAGGGAAGGUUUGGAUCUCCGGUGAGUCAAUCAUUGUCCCUUUUAAUAUGUGUAUGGAAAGGAAGACGAUUGCUUGCAAUUUCCAUCCCUGAAUUCACUCUUCUGUUACUGAUCUAGAAGAACAUUUUAACCCCUUAAGACCGGAGGGCGUACUAUUACGCCCUAUUCUAAGCGGCUCUAAACGCCGCCGGGCGUAAUAGUACGUUCUCCAUUUUUUUCCUACUUACCCGGUCGCCGGCGAUCCCACGCCGGCGAUCGCGGUUCGAGGGUUUCACAGGGAGCCCCCCGCAGCACGUCCGACCCCCUGGAAGCCCCCCGGCCAUGUGAGAGUGGGGUCCUUGCGAGGACCCCACAAUCACAUGGCCGGGGGUAGCUGCCUCCUGCAUUGCCAGCAGGGGGGCUGCCUGUAAUGACAGGUGGUCCCCCUGCUGGCUGAAGAUAAAAUUAAAUUAAGUGUAUUAAAAAAAAUAAAUAAAAAUUAAAUAGUUAGAAUAUAUAUAUAUAUAUAUAUAUAUAUAUAUAUAGAUAGAUAGAUAGAUGGAUGGAUACACAUAUACAUACACACACGUACACAGUCUAGGUGUAUUUUACUAUUAAUAUAUAUAUAAUUAUAUAUAUUAUAUUAUAUCAAUAUCAAAUUACACGUAGACUGAUACUGAUUAAAUAUAUAUAUAAUUAUUGUUAUAAUAUAAAAAUAAAAAUGUAAAUACGUUAAAAAAUACAAUAAUUUUUUUUUUUUCAAUAAUAAUUAAAAAAUAUAUAGAUGUGUUAUUUCGUUCUAAUUGUAUUGUGAAAUUAAUAUAUAUAUAUUUAUAUCAAAAUACACGUAGAACGAAAUAAUAUAUAUACGUAUAUAUCACUUAUAUACCUAUAUAAAAAUAUUUUUAAAAAAUUAUAUAGAUAUAUAUACACAUACGUGUAUAUAUAUGUGUAUAUAUAUAUGUGUAUAUAUAUAUAUAUAUAUAUAUAUAUAUAUAUAUAUAUAUAUAAAUUCUACAUAUAUAUUUAUGUAAAUUUUUUUUCAUAAUUAGGCAUCUUAAUUAAUUACAAUUAGCGGGACCUGCCUGACAACCCAUGCCAAAAGUAAAGGGAAUUUAAUUUGCUAGCACUAUAUUUAACCCUAUAACUUUCCAAGACACCAUAAAACCUGUACAUGGGGGGUACUGUUCUACUCGGGAGACUUCGCUGAACACAAAUAUUAGUGUUUCAAAACAGUAAAGUGUAUUACAACGAUGAUAUCGCCAGUAAAAGUGACGUUUUUUGCAUUUUUCACGCACAAACAGCACUUACACGGACGAUAUUAUUGCUGCAAUACUUUUUACUGUUUUGAAACACAAAUAUUUGUGUUCAGCUAAGUCUCCCGAGUACAACAGUACCCCUCAUGUACAGGUUUUAUGGUGUUUUCAAAAGUUACAGCGUCAAAUAUAAGGCUUGCGUUUCAUUUUUUUCACAUUAAAAUUCGCAAGAUUGGUUACGUUGCCUUUGAGACCAUAUGGUAGCCCAAGAAUGAAAAUUACCCCUAUGAUGGCAUACCAUUUGCAAAAGUAGACAACCCAAGGUAUUGCAAACGGUAUGUCCAUUCUUUUUUAGUAGCUACUUAGUCACAAACACUGGCUAAAAUUGGUGUUUUUUGCAUUUUUCACACACAAACAAAUACUAACACUAACUUAGGCCAGUGUUUGUGACCAAAUGGCUACUAAAAAAGACUGGACAUACCCCGUUUGCAAUACCUUGGGUUGUCUACUAUUGCAAAUGGUAUGCCAUUAUGGGUGUAAAUUUCAUUCCUGGGCUACUAUACAGUCUCAAAGGCAACGUAGCUAAUCUGGCCAAUUUCAAAUGUAACGUGCUAUAUUUGACCCUGUAACUUCCCAAAACACCAUAAAACCUGUACAUAGGGGGUACUGUCGUACACGUGAGACUUUACUGAACACAAAUAUGUGUAUUUUAUUGCAGUAAAAGCAAAGAGUAUUAUGACAUUGACCGUUAAAAUGUCAUGUAGAACUAAAAACUUUUCUCCCAUUUUUUUUUUCAUAUUAAAUUAUGUUUCAUAGCUAAAUAUUUGAUAUUAAAUGAAAGCCCUGUUUCUCCUGAAUAAAAUGAUAUAUAAUAAGGGUGGGUGCAUUUACUAUGAAAGAGGUGAAUUACGGUUGGACAGACAUGUAGCGCAAAUGCCAGGUUUUGUUUACAUUUUGUUUUGUUCACAACGUGUACAUUUGGCUCCGUCCUUAAGGGGUUAAACUGGAGCAAGAAGAUGUGUUAAUAUUUCACAAAAGUAGUGCAAUGACCCAUUUGGUUAUUUACUAAAGUGUGGAUUUAAAUUUUUAGGGUAAGAAAAGCCAAAUUGGAAAAAUUCUCAAAGUCUGCUGUAUUGCCAUUUUGAUCUAAAAUGUGAAAUUCUCUUAGAAUUUCCACUUUCAUUUCACCCUUUAGUGAGUAAAACUUUUUUUCUGCUGUGGGGUAUUAACUUUGUCCAACAAUUUGUCGAUCAGUAGAAUGUAGGAAGCCUGACGAUAUCCCUUCUAAGGGUAACUAAUUGAAAUAACACACAGGAUCACCUGUCUUUAGAUGUAGGUUUUCUGAGGUCUUUGCCGGCUUUGCUUGUGACGGUUUGUGGAAGGCUCUAUGUACAGUUACAAUGUUAAAAUGUAAACAAUUUUCACUUAAAUAUUAAAAAAUUCUCAUUUUAUUCCCUUUGCUCAGAGUGACUCCUUAUGGCUGCCUGUCAACAGGAGAUAAGACCGGACUUAUUGAGGUUGUUAUGCAAUCCGAUACAAUCGCAAAUAUUCAGCGCAACAAUAGCAAUAUGGCUGCAACUGCAGCGUUCAACAAGGAUGCCUUAUUGAACUGGCUAAAGAGCAAGAACCCAGGGUAAGGAAAAGACUUGGUGCGGGGUUAUAGUACGAUUUGCCCACAUGAAGGUCAACUCGUCUAUUUCUUGCAAUGCUAUCAGGCUAGUAUAAUUUUCCAUAUAAUGCUCACGCAACUGAAGAAAUCUGGUAUAAAAUAAAAAAAGCUAAAGCUGGGGUUAGAAAUGUAUCCUCAUUAUUUUGGGUUGUAGAAGUAAACAAAAAAUAUAUCAGAGGCUUGAACCAAAUCCCAGAUAAUUGGUGGGAUACAUUUACAAACAAAGGUCUUAGAAAUAAAAUAGAUGCACUCCCACUCUCCAGUAUUUCAGAUCUGUUAGAAAACAUAAAAAUAGAGAUCUGGAUAUCAAGAGGGAUAAGGGAAUUUAAAGAUAUAAUAGUAGAACAUAAUCUCAACCCCUUUAAUCAAAUUAGGAAGGAAUUUAAUAACACCCCCCCCCCAGUGAAACGGUUAAUUAUCUGCAAAUUAAGAGCUUCUUAACAGAACAUCUAUAUAAAAAUAAAGGGGAGGGGACAGGGCCUGACCGCUGAGCAUCACCAGCUCCUGCUAACUGGGACAAAAAAAGCUGAUUCCACUGGCGGGGGUUAUCCCGGUCUACCCUCACUCAACCUCACAGCUAGGCAGCAGGACCACAACACGGACACAACGUCCUGUGGAUCCUGGUGAGGCAUAUAAACUGGCGGAGACCUCCCACACCACAGCCAUUUGUAGCACCAGGACGGAAACGGAGAUCCGACUAGCCGCAGUUUUCAGUUCCUUCUGGGAGAAGCUAGAGGCCUGUAUGCGACUUUCCGACCCGGAGACCCAGCCAGAGGGUAAGCUACAAAGCCCGGCACAGGUCAGAAACUCCCACAAGCUCCACACGCAUGAAAGGCCAGAGCUGUAGAGGUGCCAUCUCGAGACUAGGCUCCUGGAGCCUCAUUAACAGCAGCGGCAGCUGAAAUCUGCUCUCAGGGCCACAGGAGCGACCACAAUAAAGUGCCCAAAACUACAUCACCGGCGAGCAGUUACUCAGAAUGAGCCCCGUAAGAACACAGCGCUACCGAAUUGUGUGAGGAGAUGGCGGGGCGCGAGGCCCAAAAUGGCGGCAACACCAGUUCGGACCAGCAACAACCCCCAACCAAGACAUGGGGCACUUCCUGCACUGCAACCCACACCCUCAGAAGAUCACCACUGUCUGCAAAGGAAAACACCUUGACAAAGUCCUGGACGCUCCUUGGAAUAAGACUCGUGGGAAUGGCACUAUGGAUGGUGUUGAAACGUGGGGAUGGCGAGAUUCGGCUGUGCGGGUCUUGUGCCUCAAGCUACGAGACUAUGCUUUGCCAUCCCAUGGUAUCGGAUGAUCAGGCCACAGUGUAAGAGCCUCAGCCUACAUGUUUAUUAACUACUGGGGAACUUUCGCCUUAACCGCGGUUUCAAAUUAUGCUCGUGGUUUGCCUUAAUAUAUUAUUUGUCAUGUUUGCUUUAUAUGAAGGAGUGCCUGUGAUAUAUAAUAGCCUUCUAUCUGGGUUUUUUUUUUCUUGUACAUACAACACUGAUGCUAUAGAGGACUCGGCUCUAGUGGUUUUUCUCUCUAGUUUCCCUAACAUGUUAACCAAAUCUAUUAAUAUUUUUCUAAUCCAAUUGGGGGCUCAGAUACAUAUUCAGCAUGUUAUCAGAGGUUGGAAAUGUAAUAUCAAGGAAGUUUGUGGCAGUACACAUUCACAAACAAAUUUUUGGAAAGAAAUUAUUAGGUUAAUAUAUCAAAUAACAGAAACAAAACUACCUCUUAAUCUUGAAGUGAUCCUACUAAAUAUGAACUGGCCAAAUAUGACCAACAAAAAUGAAUGUUAAUACUUCACAUAAUCACAGCAGCUAAAUAACUUUUUGCACGAAAUUGGAAAACAGGGAGAAUUCUAUGCAUUAAUGAACUAAUAAAAUAAGUUAUAUGGAAAGGGGUAUCCUGGUGAAUUCAGGAAACAAAUCUAAGCAAACCGACUGGGACACAAAGAAUUGGAUCAGAAUAACCAAUAGAGAGAGAGAGCACAUGCUCGGUUUCAGAGAAGGGAAGCAUCAGAUCAAAUGAAGGGAGAAGAAAGAAAUAAGAAUAGAACCCCAAAACUGGCAGAUAAAGAGCACAGCACAUAUUGAGAUUAUACAUAAGAGGGUUUUUUUUUCCUUUCGCGACCCCCCCUUUUCCCUCCCUUCCUCCCCUUUUCCCUCCCUCCCUCCCCUUUUCCCUCCCUUCCUCCCCUUUUCCCUCCCUUCCUCCCCUUUUCCCUCCAUCCCCUUUUCCCCCCCACCCCGCCCUCAGUAUCAUCCAAACUUUACAUAUGGCAGGUACACACCUAAAAUAAAAAAAAAUCAACUCGAGUGGUGGUAAAUAUCAACUGGUGGCAGAUAGUCAACAAAUCAAAUACAAUGUUACUAAUAAAUGCAUUCUAACACUAGUUUGGAUACGUGACUAGGUUUCAGAUAAAUGUGUUUGUCUCCAUUUGAUGUGGGAGAGACUUCAUAUUAUGAGGCAGAUAUCCUGAAACCAUGUUUUUCCAUUUAAAAGAAAAAAAUAUUCGUUUAUAUGUAAGUCACCCACCUUAUUCUGUAUUGGCAUCACUAAGCAUUCCCAGUCUAGCAGAGAGGACAGUGUGAGGAUCAGAUAGAACCUUCUACAAAUAACUUGGUGAACGAAUUGACAUUUGGUUGGGCUGCUAUGGAAACUAACAGAAAUAGCAAUAUUUGGCUUCUUUUAGACCAGGGGUCAGUAAUCUGUGUGUCCCUAGAUAUUUGAUGUAAACUACGGUACAUCUCCCCGAUCCUCUAGCCAGUUAUGUUUUUGGCAGACAGAUUAAAGAAGGAUCAUUGGACUUGUAGUGCAAAGACAUUAAAAGAUACCUUUAAAAUAUCUACCGGUCACAUGCCUUUCAUGCCUUAGAAGGUUGUUCUGAAAGAUGGCACAGUUCUCAGGGGUAUGUCCUGCUUCAUUAAAGGGACGCACUUUCUAUCAACAUUGUAUAUCUGAGGCGAGCUGCUCCUCACUUUAUCAGAUUCCCGAUCCUAUAAGGCUUUGCACCCCAUACACACUAUCAUUUACACGUUUCAUAAUAGCGGUAUUUGUUAAGUCUACGGCUGAUCACUAACCCUCCACCCUUUCACAUUCUGCGGCAGUGAGGCUCUGGAUCGUGCAAUUGAGGAAUUCACAAAGUCUUGCGCUGGGUACUGUAUCGCAACGUACGUUCUUGGAAUCGGAGACCGGCACAGUGACAACAUCAUGAUUCGGGAAACUGGACAGGUGUGUUACAGGAAUGGUACUUCCCACAAAACAUAACAUAAAAUAUAUUUUGCGUUUAAUGUCUCCUGCUUUAUCUCUAGUUACCACAUCUUACUACCAAAAAAAAAAAGGACCCAGUUUUACUUCUCACUACAUUGCUGUAAUGUACUAACACAUGUAUUUAAAGAUUUUUCCUUUUCUCUUAAAAGACCCAUUUAAAUUUGUUUAGAAUUAUUCUAUAUCUAGACAAAUGAGCAGGCUCUCCAGGCUAACUGUGGCAAGAUAAAUACAAGACUGGGAUACAGCCAAGUUCUAAAAUGCAAAAAAUAAACCGUACAUAGUGAUGUAUAGUUAGUGUAAAAUACGACAGUUCUAGAUUGCACUCACUAGAUGGAAGUUCAAUCUGAGACAAUUUUAGUUCCCUAUUACCCCCCUCCAAUGUGAAGACACCUGUUCGAUACCCAUACCCCGGAUGUCCCUUCAACUGAACAUAGGACAGGAGUUGCAGUGGACCGGUACCGAAUGAGUAGUAAUGCCUUUUUUGAUAUUGUGUUCCAUUAAAUCGUACUUUAAGGUGUCUUAUUUUUUUGAAUCUUUUUUACCUAAAGUCCAUAAACAAUUUUAUUUUUUCCACUAUGAUGUCCCAUUAUUUGUGGCAUCAAUUCGAGCACAGCUAAUUUAUCAGCUUUUAUUGAUUCAAGUCCCCAAAAACAUACCCAAAGUGCCCUUUUCUAUGUAAAGGACACCAAAGCUAUUUUACAAGAACUAGACCAUAUCGAAUGGAAAGAGGAAUAUAGCUUGGCCACCCAUGACGUCACCUCAUUAUAUACAGUCAUUCACCAUCACUUCGGUUUUGAGGCAGUCAAGUUUUUCAUAAGUCAAGAUUCAGACAUCAAUCCAAAACUUAGGAGUUUCAUUUUAUCAGCUAUUCAGUUCAUAUUAGAACAUAACUUAUUUUUCUAAGAGGGUAAAUGCUACCUUCAAAUCACAGGCAUCGCCAUGGGAACCAGGUUCGCCCCCAGUUAUGCCAACAUCUACAUGAGGAGGUGGGAAGAUCUUUUUGUGUGGUGCAGGCAUGACUGGAAGGAGAGCCUGGUCCUUUGGUGGAGGUAUUUCGAUGACGCCAUUGUUAUCUGGAAGGGAUCUCGUGAGUCUUUUAAAACAUUCGUACAAUACCUCAACCAAAAUUCGUUCAACUAUAAAAUUCAUACCAGAAUGGGAUAAACAUACCAUUAAUUUUCUAGAUCUUAGUCUGUUUUAUGAGGGGAACAAGGUGAAAUCAAAAUGUUAAAAAACAAAACAAAAAAAAACUGACGAAGGGGCGGGGUCUGGACAUCAUGGCGGCUAGACGUGCAUCGUGUGAGCUCCGAGCUCAAUUCUCGUACUAAGCCUGAUUACUGCACGCCAGCCAGCUAAAACGCCACUUAUAAGACUCAUCUGCUUCUGGGGUCCACCAGUGAAUCCCGGGUACGCUGCAUAUCAGACAUGGCAUAUCAGACAGCGGUUGUUGAAGUGAGGCCUAGCACGGUCGCCGGACGGGUCGAGCGGCCGACCCCCGUACCAUGCGACGCUGGGACCUCCCAAGCUUGCCUCUCGGCCUUGUUUCCCCCCCCCCCCACGCCCCCUUUGGACCGGCGGGGGACAUCCCAGUUUACCCUGGCUCAUAUCCUGCAUUAGCGUGAAUCACAUAAGCCUAAUCUACUAAAGCUACAGCCCAGCAGACAUACAAAAUGGCAGCUCGAAACAUCCAGCGAGACUCAAACUCCCAGCAAUCCGAGGCGGCACCUCUCUCUCCUGCGCAGCUAACAAAGAACAGGCUGGACGAAAUCUUUGACCGCUUCUGGUCUGCGCUGGAGGCCCGCCAAGCUGCAGCAAGGCAUCAGCAACAAGAGGACGACCAGGAGGCUGAAGGCCGGCUGGUGAGUGGGCCCCCUCCGAUCACACGCACCUUAAAAGCACGCAACAAGGGGGCCAGGGGUAGAGCCCCACGGCAUCAUCCACACAGGCGGAGGAUCGCACGCAGUCAGCGGCCACCUACCACCAGGACCUCUCGUCUACCCCCUACAAGGGUGGACUGGGAUCUCAGGAGCACCCAUGUCCGUGGGAAGAAGAUGCAGGCCUGCAGACCGGCCUGGGGUGGGAAGGAUGCCCAUCAGAGCCACCAGAGCACCGUGGCCUCCUUAGCUCUCACUGCACAGGACAUUCGUUUCCCAUCUUCGGGCAUAGGCUGAACACAGGCUCGCUGCUUAAAGCAGUACCACCAAUAUGGGACAGACUACAAAUAGCAGAUGCCACCGAUGGGACUCUCAUACGCUACCCAAACAUGCCAACUUGCCAGAGCCCCCUAUAUGGAUACACACGGAGGCAGCCUAAUAUUCAUGUUUUUCUCAUUUGCGUUUUCUUGUUUAGUGUUCCACUCGCUUAUAGGUCAUAACAUUAUCCGAACCUCUGCCGUAUAUUCUCGCAUGAUAUAUAGAUACAGAGCCAGCGGUCUUUAACUCUCAUAAAUCAACCAGGGAUCAACCUACUGCCUAAAGUGUAGUCAAGUAUAUACUCUUGAGAAUACCCUACCUUAUCCUGUACCUAUUUCGUUAUAAGCUUGCAUAAAUCAUUGCGACUGUACCUGCUAUACAGGAUCUUUUACUCACCCAGCUUAGCAUGUGAGGUAAUCGAAUAAUCGUAUACACACGGUUUGCACAGCUAGCCAGGAAUCUCAUACCAGCUGAACCUUUGUCAAUUCUGUUCCUACCCUUAUGCAUCUACUUGAAUGUAAAAAUUUAAAAUUUGUGCCAGUCCUUCAGUUUACCCCAUUGUUACAACUGUUUCGUCAAUGCAUGAGGAAUGCCGUUGGGGUACCUCAAGCGAGCAUAAUUUGAAAUGCAUUACCAAAAAAAAAAGAAAACUGACGAGAACAGUUAUGUCCACAGGAAAGGUUGCCACCAUAAACCGUGGCUAAGAAGUAUUGCAAAGAGUCAACUGACUAGAGUACGGCGUAACUGUUCCAACAUACAGGAUUUUAAAAUACAGGCAGGACAUAUUAAAAAAAAAAAAAAUUAAAAAAAAUUGUUUAAAGAUGGUACGAUAAGAACACUAUCAAAAAAGAGAUCAGAAUUAUUGCUCAGAAAGAUAGAAAUGAUCUAUUAAUGGAUUGACCAAAGCGUGCUCCGAAUGAAAAGUUUAGACACUUGUUUGUUACUAAAUCUAAUACUGAUCACUGGAAGAUAAAAAAAAAAAAGCCUUAAAUUUUGGCCCAUAUUACUCCAGGACCCGGUUAUAGGCAACGUUUUACCAAAUCGACCACCCAUGAUCUAAAAAUAAAAUAAUAAAUAAACAAACAACAAAAAAUAAAUCUUCUAGCACCCAGUUACUCCAAAAAGGGCAUUUCCACAGUACAUAAAAAUACACACGCUCUCUCUCUCUCUGUCUCUCUCUCUCUCUGUCUCUCUCUCUCUCUGUCUCUGUCUCUGUCUGUCUGUCUGUCUCUCUGUCUCUGUCACGCAUCUAUAUCUGUUUUUCAUUCCUUCAUCCAUUCUUUUUUCCAUCCUACUGCCAUCACCCUACCCCCCGAUAGGGACUACAUUCUUUCAAUCUAAGUGUUGCUUGCCAUAUUGUACCUAUGAAAGGGAGUUCCAUUGCUCACCUUUUUUCUUUUUCUUUUUUUUUUCUUUCUUUCUUUCACUUGUGUACACAGACGUGGGUUUAUGCACCCAUGUGUAUACAUAUACACACACACACAUACAGACACAAUGCAGGUUUUGCGUUUGUUAUUUAUAUAGGGCUACCUUACAUAAAAUAGAUUUUCCCCUCUUUAUUAUUCUUGUUUUCCUUCUUCAGUAGAUUCAAUUCUUACUAUGCUGGUUUCACUUUAAGAUCGUAUCGUUCCGGCAGCUGGACUGCUUAAAAGCAGUUCCAGCUUAUUCGGAACGCAUGCUGUCAGAGAUGGAACGCAAACGACGUUCAAGAACUUUAAACCGGAAAUACCUCAUGGAAUGCAAGUGCCUUCCUGUGGAACGCAAGCCGAAUCAGUUUGGCGAACUGGCGGGAAAUUUAACCAGCGAUCAGAAACCUCUGAGAAGAAAACCAGCAAAGACCUACGAGGAGAGUUUGGCCCUCAUUAGCUGGAUCUGAUUGGCACAUAAUUUAAUUAAUCCAGAGGAUCCUCCAAUCAACAUUAUGGACUGGUAUUAUUUAAAAGGGACUAAGGGGGAGUUGGGAUUAUGCAUGACUGAUUUUAUUCAUUGCAGUUUCUACAUAUCUCUAAAGGAAGUCCAUCCCUGAAUAGACGAAACUCAUUAGAGAUCAUCAUUUUUUACUUUUGCUAAUUGCAUUUUGUUUUAAUACUUUUAUACCAGGCUAUUUGUGUCUAAUAAAUAUUUUAAUUUGAUCCCUGACUCGGUCCUUUGAAGUUCCUGUACUGAACAUUGCUGAACAUUCAUUUUGGCCCAAGGUGGAGAGUGGAUCAUUACAGCCCUCUUUUGGGCUCCAAGGCACUUCUUGAACUUCCAUCUAGUGAGUGCAAUCUAGAACUGUCGUAUUUGACACUAACUAUACAUCACUAUGUACGCUUUAUUUUUUGCAUUUUAGAACUUGGCUGUAUCCCAGUCUUGUAUAAUUCUACUUAUGUUAUCAGAGGCGCUGCUGGGGAAGGCCUCUUGGGAAGCUGUUUUUACCAGACUGAGUUAAGUACUAUUUUUCUACCCAAUACAUAUUUGGUCUUGGAGUGGAGCACCAUUUUUAUCAUAACUGUGGCAAGAGUAAGAUUAAGGCCUGGCUAGUAGGAUAGGACUGUACAUUUCAUACCCUGCUAAUGUUAUUUAUAAAUAGAUUUACUUCUAAUAUUGGAGUGUUGCUGUGCAUAUUUAGAUUAUUGGGACCUUUUUUAAAUGUUUAAUAAAAAAAAAUAAAAGUUGAACUCCUAGUGUGGAGCCAAUAUUGGCGUUUAGAUUACAGCACUUCUACCCGUGAUCAGUGGCAUUAAGGGAUAUCUGGGGUCUGUUCACUGGGAUUCAGAGUAAAUGUUGCAAAUACUACAGAUCUGCUGAGCUGGGAUUGUACUUCUAAAAUGUAAUUGUGUUGUGUUUUCUGCCAAUCUGACGUCAUGCUGAUAACUAAAAUGUACAGGAACUUCAAUCCAUAUCAAUGUUCUCUGUUACUAGGUGGGUGGGAUGGGAGGUAAUGGUUCCUAAACCUUAGUGUGCCGAAGUCUGGCAACAAACUGCAAGCUCUGCCAUGUUGAAGGUGUCCUGCAAGCAGUUUAUUUUCCAGCCGGUUGCCCAUCGUUGAUACAUGUUGUUUUUCUUUACCCUUAUUUUAGCUGUUUCACAUUGAUUUUGGACAUUUCCUGGGUCAUUUUAAGGCCAAAUUUGGCAUCAACAGAGAGCGUGUCCCCUUCAUAUUAACCCAUGAUUUUGUGCACAUUAUCCAACAAGGGAAAGCAGAGAACAGUGAAAAGUUUGAUAGGUGAGUUUUUUUUGUUUUUUUUUUCAUUUGAUGGUCUGAAUCCUUUACCCCGAGAUGGGACGUUCCGUAUUCCAAAUCUGUUACCACAUUUCUUUUAGAUUCCCUGCAGCAAAGCCUAUGUCACGUUACACAAUGAGUAAUUGUCAUUCAGACGUAGCACUGCUGCUGCUUAGAACACAGGGCAUUCCAUAGUGGCGUAGGGAUCUCAUUAGUCCUUAGAGGGGUGGUUUUAUAAAUUGCACAGAAUCAAACCUACAAAAGUCUUGCAUGUAAUGCAACUUAUGGAUGCUUGAAAACCUGUUUUAACGAAAAGCAAAAUGUGUAGAAGACUGUAGGACUGUAUAUAAAAUCGAAGUAUCUGCCGCAUCUGGAUCCAGUAAAAUUCUAACUGCACAGACAGCAGCAUGUACAGAGAUAAACUAACGUUACCCAGCAAAGUUCUAAAUUAUUUAUUUAUCUUUUACUGAGAUUUAAAAAAAAAAAUAUGUAAUCUACAUUUAGCAUUUGGUUAGAACAAGGUCCGAAUUCUGGGAAAUGAACCCAGAAGCAGUAAAUGAUUUGUUCAUUAAAUGUUUAUUUUAAAAUAUGUUCAGCCAUUAUCUGUAACAGACUGUUUUAAGAUGAAUUUUAAAUUGGUCAAUAAAGUGCUUAAUAGACAAUUGUAUCUUGUGGCCCGUCAAUAAGUCAGAUUGUCGGCUAGUUAGGAGUCCCUUCCUUUCUCACCAUCGUAGAAAAUCAAAAACAAGACGUGAAUGUUUGGUGUGUGAUGUGAUUAUUAUAUACAAGGUUGGAUUUAUCACAUUCCUUUCCUGAUUGAUAUAUACAUUGAUUGGAAAAAAUCUGGAUACAUUUUUAUAGUAAAAUCUGUUGCUUUGGUUUUACUAUGCAAUUAAAUCAAAAUCCUGUUCCGCAUUGCUUUUUAACCCCAUGAUAACAGUUGUAUCUGCUGAAACAAGAGUAUUACAAUUGAAAUGAAAAUGCCUUCUCCAUAAUCUUUCACAGGUUCCGGGAGUGCUGUGAAAGAGCUUACAUGACCCUACGAAGUCAUGGAAUCCUUUUCCUCAAUUUGUUUGCACUUAUGAAAGUUGCUGGGUUACCGGAGCUUAGCUGCUCGAAAGACAUCCAGUACCUCAAGGUAAGAUUCUCAGCAUCUCACGUGGCGACAUGCCACACAUAGUAAAACCACUGUGUUAAGAAAACUAGAUUGCAAUGGAAUUCCUACCGCACAUCACGCUGACCACAUAGCAAACCUCAGUUGGUUAUACCAUCUAACAUGAACAGAGCAGCUUUAACAAUAAAAUUACACUCGGCAGUUGCCUAGGGCCCAGGUAUUAAACCGGGACCUCCGAACAAUGAAUUUGCUUGGCUUCAUUAACUGUCCCUAUGUGAAGAAUGAAGAGGGGGCUCAAACUGUUUACCUGCCUGGUUCCCCAUGAGAUAAUAAUCCUUUUCUUGACUUGAAUGUUUAGUGAAGAGUUUACAACUGGUUAUAAAUGAGCUGAAGUGGCCAGUAUUGUUCCAAGUUUAUAUUUUGUCCCUUUAUAUCAAUGAGGUUCCCCGCCAUGUUUUUUUUUCCACAAUUCACUGUCCCCACAGCCCUUGUCCGAGACUUGCAGUUACAGGCUGCUAGUCCCACUUUUAGUCUCCGUGUGUUACCAAGAAAUGUAUCAGGACUUGUAGCUAUGAAAUGGGAAUCACUGAUUCUGCGAAUUAGCAAAAUGGAAGUCAUCUGGAAAUUGCAAAAAACCUCUGGUACCAUAGCUUCAACAACUCCUCCUGGUCUCUCACUUCUUGUUAGGAGAUAAAGCUGAUCCUUUCAGAAUGGUACAACUUUGUUUUCCCAUAAUCAAUUGCACUAUGGUUUUUUAUUACAAUGAAUGACAACAGCUUAAUUUGUACGACGUUAUAAAUAUAUAUAUUUUUUUUCAUGUGAAUGAAAUGCUUCUGCAAUUCUUUUGUGCCAUAAAAAGUAACUGCAGUGACACACUAGUGUGCUUGCUCGUGCUAUUUUUUUCCCCAAGUGUUUGUUCAAACAUUGUCAUAUUUUAUUAAUAAUUUAAAAACCCCUGGCACAUUAAAUUAGUUAGAAUGUACAUUUUUGUAGCCGGAAUGUUCCAUUUUAAUAAUCUCCCCAACCUUUUUUUUUUGUCCCAGGAUUCCUUAGCCCUUGGAAAGAGCGAGGAGGAAGCCUUGAAGCAUUUUCGGUUGAAGUUUAAUGAAGCGCUCCGGGACAGUUGGAAAACCAAACUGAACUGGUUUGCCCACAAUGUUGCCAAAGAUAACCGUCAGUAACUGGGAGUGAGAACAAUCAUUAUGAUCAAAGAGUCUCCCAAAGGAAACAAAGUGCCAUGAAAAAGUGGGGACAAAUGCUCCUGCUCCGACGAAUCGGAGAAAAGAACUCCAACCAAGUUUCUCCUUGGCUGUGAGCAAUGGGAAUUCUAGUCCACUGGAAAGCCACAAAUUGAUCUUUGGAAUGUAUUGAUUGAAAACGUUAACCCACUUUGCUGCAGGCCCUCACUGCUGGAGUUAAUUUAUUCUGAAGCAGAAUGGGUGGAUUGGUGUAGAACACAGUUUGGAUGGUCCUGUUUGAGGUGUGGUAUUAAAAACUGACUUCAUUGCAAAGAGAAAUGCAACAGGGUCCAGCUUUGCUUUAAAGGAACAAAAUACAUUUUGGAUGCGACUAGCAUUGCACAGGCACUUCGCCACUGGGCUGUUUAGAUGUUCCAGAGCUUCUAGUGGCCUUGGCUUGUGGGAUUCAAACCAUUGGUUUUCCAUCAUGCAAUGGUCAAGACUUGCUGUAGAACUUCCUAGAAUGGUUCUUGUACCAUAAAUCAUGCUUGUAUAAUCGGAGGCGGUAAGGUGAUCCCUAGAAUAUCUGAAGUUUAGUCAUUAAAAACAAACUCCUGAACAAUGAGAUGGUUAAAUGCUGGACAACUUGUGUUGAAGGGAAUCUCCAUUCAGAUUCUCAGAACAAAGCCUGCACAACACUUUGCCAAUCAGUGUAUCCUGCAGAUGUUCAGGGGGCUUCCAUGCUGCAGUUAGAGACCUAGAUUGGAAAUGCAUUGCACACUGUUCGUCUCUUAACGGGUUAAAUGGACUGUAAUGCACUAAAUUAUGUACAAAAAAUAAAUGCUUUUGAUUUGUAUUCCUAGAAGUUAAGGCUCGAUCGUGUCAAAGAUAACAAUCCGGCUCAUUGUUAAAGUGCAAAAAUGACUUGGUGACAUGUCACGAAAAUCUGUACAACUUGAAACCCAGCUCCUAAGAAACCAGAUUACAUGAUCUGCAAGAUUAUUUUAUACCGCUGUACAGGCACCAAAAAAAAUAAUGGUGGCUGGAUGCCAGGCAUUCUGGGACAGGCAGAGUGUAUAGUUUAAGCUACAGAUUUGCUAGCACAAUACAUUGAUUGCACUUAAAGCAUGACUUGGCCAACUGCACAUCUGUAGAGACCGGGUCCUAUUACCCCAUCAUUAAUUGCUCCUACAAUGCAGCAGCCACUGUGGGUGACUGAAUGGGACAUUCCUGGAGUAGUUAAUGGUCUAUGCAUGAAAGCAAGUUACUUACCUUUUGACUCACGCUGCCCAUUUUAAAAUGACCAGCCUGUUGUUUUUUUUUGUUUUUUUUUGCAGCUAUACUGAUAUCUAUGUAACCUCUUGGGUAAAUGUACACAUUUUAGUAGAAGUGCAAUCAAGAUGUAAUAAACAGUCACAUGAGAUCUGAGUCAUAUUAAAUAUGUGAUCACUCUAGAACGAAUAGAGUUAGGAAAGGGAAUUUAAUCGUCCAUGAAGCCAGCUUUUUCCAAUCUAUUUAGGGACUUGUUGACAAAACGCGUGCUCCAGGACUGAAAUCGUUUACUCAAGCAGGGAAUUACACCUUUUAGGCCAUGUGGGCAAAUAGAAAUGUUUUAAAUAUUCUAUUAAAACUUGUAUUCCUUUAGUGACCAACCAUUCACAAGAGAAUGAUACUGUUCAGUUUACUCUUUGUGCACCUCCAUGCUCCCUUUGGGGUCCCAGUGAACCAGUUCGGAGUUUCCGUAAAUCUCACCGCUUUGAUUUGCUUUCUAAAUAUACCAAUCGCAUCCAUGAAAUUUUGGGCUCCAGGUGACAUAGGGGACAAUGUUUAUUUUUACUUAUACUGGUUUCAUGGGGAUGUAGAGCAGAUGCUUGCACGGUUUUAGAUGAUGCAGGAGAGUCUGUUGCCUUUUAAAUCCAUCCCAAGGCCAUUAAUAGGCAGUCGCAAUAAACAAACUUGUAAGUAUGUUAAUAAAUGUACAUUGUGCAUGUCUGUAUAAAGACAAAUGUUAUGUGGCUUAGAAGAUAUAUUUUUUUUGUUUGUGGUACUAUUUUGAAAGAAUAUAUUUUUACUUUCCUUUUUUAUAUAAAAAGUUGUUUUAUGUAACCGAAGAUGUGAAAUGUGCAGGCAGGCUUAAAAUUUAAGUUUGACUUGACAAAGGGUUAUUCACCAACGUGAGCUUUAACACUGACUUUCAAAUCUUAAGUCAAAAUAGCUGUAGUGAUAAUAGCCUCACUUUAAACAGACUGAGGAUUUUAUGACUUUAACUAAACUACAUUUCUGAUUUAACUUCCUGCAACUUACUUAGUGGAUAACCCUGACCGUGUGUGCUUACCGCCACCUACAAAACUACCAUUUUCAGUGAACGUGGCCUCUUCUUGUCUGUGGGAGUUUAUUUUUGAACUGUAUGCACUAAUUGGUGGCAUGUUGCCAUGGAAAAGUGUACUUAAUAAAUUGAAAUAAAGUGUGCCAGUAACGUGACAUGUUAAAGUGGCUUGAUUUUAAAUCCCCAAAUGAAAGCUUUUGAUCUGUUGAUUUAUGCACAAAAAAUACUUUCA